AUGCGGCCCCGCUCCAGCACUUGGGAGUUCAGCAUGAGUCUGGGGGCUCUUUUUGUGCGAGAUAAACUCACCACAGGAACUCUGUUUCCAGCUUUGGUUUGUCCUCAAGGUAGAGAGUCUCAGGUAUGUUACUGAUUUUUGAAAUGAUAGAUGUUUAGAAGCUAGGUGUAGACAGUAAGUAAAUUUUGCCAUAUCAUACACCAUGCAUGACCAAUAAUUUAGUCUCUUUAUUUCUUCUUUACUUUAAGCUGAUGGUUGCCAUUAGUUGCCUUUUUUAAGUACUUUUUACAUAAUAUUAUGUGUAGAGCUGCACUAGAAAUCAGGAUAGAGAUAAAACAGACUUAGAUUUUUCCCUUUUCUGAGAUAGCAGUGCUUCUUAAGCUGCCCAUGUAUAUGUAGUUAUGAUGUUUCAUUUUAUUGAAAACUGGAUAUCAUGAUGUUUCAUUAUAUUGAAAACUGGUUAUUUUGAUGUUUCUUUUUUAUUAAAAACUAGAUAUCAUGAGAUUGUUGAUCUAGAUCAAUAAAUUUUUCUUUGAUACAACAGAAAGUCUCCCUUACCAAGAGACAACAAGCAACAGUUGUGAAAGGUUCAGUUGAAGCAAUGGUAACAUCUGCAGCAACUUUGGGACUCAAUAUUUUACAAGACAUGAAUGACCCAGUGUUUAAAAUGAAAUUUGAAUCUCUUCCACCUGCAAGUAAAGUGGGUUACAGGUUAGCUUUAAUCUUCCAACAUUCUAUUUUGCUCUUGUCUUGCAUUGUGUACUUCUUUACUGUUACAGUAAAAGUUUUAAAUAGUCUUUUUUUUUCUAGUAACCACCAAUCUACUUGGUAUGCUUAGCUCACACAAUUUCAUUUUCUCUUAGCUAACAACAUUUGAAACAUGGUCUCACUACAACUUUUUAACUUAGGAUCUUAAAUCAUGAUUCAAAUGUCCUUUUCUAGGGAUUUUAACUCUUAUGUUGGUGUUAUUUUCUUGACACAUUUACAGUACUUCCAAGUACAUGUGCAUUUUGCUAAUUGAUGGCAUUGUUCAUUUAUCAUCCUCAACUUGGAGGUAGUUGAUGUAAUUGUAAUUGAAAUGUACCAAGCAGUGAUCUAUUAAUGCCUAACCUAUCUCAUGUGAUCCCCUGGCAAGGUAACGAGGUAGAAUAUACACAUGUAUAUAUCAGAAGCACAAACCCCAACCCUGAAAUUUACUUUUUUGUUUGGUACUGUUUAGAUUAUCAGUAACCACCCAACCUCUGGAUGUUGUAUACAACCCCACAGUGUUGAAUCAUAUCGCCGAGUUCUUUUCCCACACGUCAAUGGAAGGUGCUCAAGCCCUUCACAUUGAGAGACAGCUUCGUGAAGUAGCACGUGUCAGAUAUGAGGAACUGAAAAACCAGACCAGACAUGAACUAGUUCAAACACUUGAUACAAUGAUGGAUGGAUCAGAUGUGGUAAUGAUGUCCUGUAGCUCACAAUCAUGUAUAUGUAGAAGACGGAAAUUUAAACUGGCUCCUUUAAUUGGAAAUGGACCUUAUACUUUUGAGAACCUUUUUUCGCCGAUUUUCUAGUACAUUCUCAUCUUUAGGAUCAGUUUUAUCUUGCUAUAUCGGAAGGAAUUUUUAAAUUGCAGUAUCUAGCUGACUGGCAGCCAGGUACGGUCUUAAAUGUACUAAAUGCCCGGCAGUUAGAAAUUUUCACAGAAAUUCCUCUGAAAGUUCUGUCAAACUUCUUAAGAGCAUCAGAUGUUUAUUUGGCAAUGUCGAACGUUUCCAAAAAUUACCUUUUAUCUUCGUUGUGGAUGAAUUUUUCGCGCUAGUGCAUAUCGUUAAUAUCGCUACGUCAUCAACACUAACUUGAUCCCUUUCUUAUUUAAAGUUGUCUUUGAAAUUCUCUUUCAUUAAUUUUAAUGGUGACUGAUCUUGAUUUCCCGCUCCCAGUGGUUGUAAAUUGUACUCAAAAGUUCACCACAGAAUCGUAACUUACAUUAUUCAAUGAGUGUGAAAUGCAACAACAGUGAAUCGUUGGGCCAAAUAUUAUUCGCAUGUGUUGUAGGGCCAUUCAAAGAGGUGGGAUAUUCAACUGGACAUUUCUGCACCUAGAUUUCUUGUUCCAGAAAGCUUUCAGGACAAGAAAGCCUCAGUGGUGGGUUCCAUAUACUUUUUCUUGAGUAUCUUACACUGUUUUCCAGCAAUACUUGAGACUGUUGUUUUUAUCUUUGGUAUUAGUUAAGAUAAAAUCCGUGUUCCUUCAUUACAUAAAUGCACAUGCAUAAUGUAUUAUUUUGUGGAUCUUGAAAUUUUUAGUGCUUGAUUUCAGUAACCUGUGUUGUCCAUAAUAUUUUGUUGUCAGAGCAUUCUUUAACAUUAAGGUGCCACCUUUCUUCAUCAGGUUUUGAUAGACUUUGGGCACUUAAGUUUUGCAAACACUCAAGCUCUUAACAGAAAGAAAACAAUUUCAGAGGGUCAAGACUCAAAACCCGAAAUGGAAGGUAAAUAUUUUAAAAAUUGGAGGUGUUAAUUUCUAUUUCAUUUUCAAUAUAUACCUUUGUAGCUGCUGGAAAAAGUGUGGAGCACUAUAAAGCCCCAAGGGAAGUACAGAUACAUGUAAAAACAGGAAAAAUAAAGACAAGAAAGGAGCCUUGCACGCGUUACCUUCUAAAGAGAACUGAAACUUUAAAACAAAAGGAAACAAAUUAAGUGAAGUAUGAUGUUUCUUUAACCUCAAGAAAGUCAAAACACAAAUUAUUCAUUGUAUUCUGACUCGAAUGGUUCAUGAGGUCAGAAUACUUUACAAAUUGUUUGUACUCCAAAGCAAGUUCCAUGUGCUUAAUGCCCCUCGUUUCCUAAUUUCUCUCCCUGCAAUGUAAAAUAUGGAAUCCUCUUGCAGUUAUUUUAAUUUGGAAGUUGUAGGUAAAGCACUAAGUUUCUUUUCUCAUGUUCACGAUGCAGAUGAUUCUUUUGUGACCCCUCCCAGUACCCCUCCGGUAGAGAAAGAAGAGGAAUUUAUGUCAAUCAGUGAUACAGCAGAUGGUCUUCUAAGUGGAGUGAGUAAUCAGACUAUCCUUGAGAAGAUGUACGAAAGGUAUGCUGCAAUUCAUGUCGCUUGCACGUUUUUCAGUUUCCAUUCGAUGUAUUGCAUGUAUUAAAUUCACUGAGCACCAACAGUGAGCGAGAUAACAAAACAAUAUCAAAUUAGGUACAAUAAGGAGGAAGUUCAGCUGUCAGACCUUUUUGGGGUUGUCAGAGAUUUGGUCUUGGGCAUGGUGGCCAGCGGAGCACACCCUGCUAUUUGUAAUACAGCGGUCAAACGUCGGGCAUGCGCAGGAGGAUCAAAUUUGGCUACCCGCGCGCCAAUUUCUCGCGCUAAGUCUUGAAAAGAAAUCAUAACAAGCAAUUGCUGUCUCGCAAAAUAAGCGAAAGAAAAUUGGGACGUUUAUAGAAAUCUGUAAAAGGAAACAAAAUUGAGUUACGGGUAUCCUGUUGAUUUUCUAUUCUGUUUUGAGCUGCAUUAAAAACGUUGUACGUUUUUAACACACGGUGACUUAAGGGCUUGUUUGGGUGUGUAACCUGUGAGAAAACUUGGUCCUGACAGCCUAAAGACACGCCAUGUAGUUAUUACAAAGUCAGUCGCAUAUGCGCAGACGUUUGAUCGUUUUGUUAAGUUACUCUAGGUCUGGGAAACGAACCCUUGGGCAUAGCGGCCAGCGGAGCAAACCCCGCUAUUUGCGCUUUACAAAUUAAAAUGGCUUUGCUCCGUUAAAUGAACUCCUGAAGUAUUCUUGUUUAUUUUGGUUUUGAGGUACACCCUAGACUUAUCCGACAUUCAAAUGGUGGUGUGCAAUGUAAAGGAGAACUGGUCAGAAGUUGCCAGCAAACCAUUCCUUACAAGUGAUGCUCAUGUUGUGGAGAAGUUUACAAUAUCAAUCCAACUGGAAAGGUGGGAAAUAAUUUUGAUUGGUCAGAAUACGUAUAAACUUGUAGGUGCCAGUUCUCUUGCUUGAAAGUAUAAAGUCUAUCAAACAUUGAGUUAAGUUUGUUUAUACUGUUUUUGCGGAGAGUACACUCCUAUACGAUCGAAGCUAUUUUAUCAUUUUUUUUAAUCAAAUAUUUUUUAGAGAAAGUUAUUUUGUAUCUUGUGCAGGAGACUUCUCUUUACUGCUGAUCCCCUGUAUCCGGCAGUAAAUCUUCAUGCCAAACUACCAAGUUUGGUACUACACAUCAAUGAACACAAGGUAGGGGAGGAGGACUUGACACUGUAGUUGUACCAAAUUAAGCCAUUUAACACACCGAACAGGUGAACAAUGUCUUCUUCAUAAGUCUCCUUUGCAGCGGUUACUAGGGAGUUUAAGAAAACCACGCGGGCAACGACAACGGCAACGGCACUAAACAGAAAGUUAAAUGAGCAGAUCAAUGGCUGUGCAAGUACGUUAUAAAUCCGGCUUUGUAAAUUUCUUUGCGUCCUCUGCAAAACAACAACUUUGAAAUGUUGUCUGGAGAAGGUGAACGACGACGGCUAAUUUUUUUAAUUUCUAUUUCUAAUUUAACGCUGUGUUCCAUAUUCAGUUUCGAGAUAGUUUUGAUAGUGAGAAACAAACUAAAUGACUCUAGAGUAUCGCGAGAUUCGAAAGUAAAACAUAAGUUCAUUUCUUAACCGACGAUGUCUACGGUGUCGCCGUCGUCGUUUCUUAAAUUCCGUAUUGGAAGUCCCUACGAGAGAAUGGACUGCUACAUGUACUGUAAAUACUGUCUAGUAACGGCUGCACAGGAGACUGUCCUUUAUGCGGUGACUUACCAAGCUCACCUUAUCGUUGUAAUGUGUCUAAGAUCGUGCUCCAACGGGAUCAACUCUUUCAACUACAACUGAUAACUGUUUUGAGUUGAAACGUAGUAACUCCAAGGAAUAGUCGUUAGCAACCUUCUCCGCAUAAGCAGGUUGAGCGAAGACUACAGUAAGUGACGGACAAUUUCUGUCUUAUGGCUCGAUUCAUAAUUUAAGUAGUUUUCACGCUCACUAACUUCCUUACUUUUUUUUUAUCCAGUGUUUCGAAAAGCACGAGCAACUCUUUUAUUCUGUUUUUGUUUACAACGAGCGUGACGGCCGGCUACUAAAGUCCAUACUUGACUUCAAUAAGCCGGCCAAAUCUACACCAGUCGCUGCCCUUGCUUCCGCAGUCGUUUCAACCUGGUUUGAAUGGCUGAAAAUGAUUGAAAAAAAUUGAUCAACCAAAUUAACCUAAAACGGAUGAUUCCAGUGGGACACGACCUAACCUUUUUCUCUUUCUUCUGUUAGCUUCAAACCUUAACAAAGUGUGUGAAACAGCUGAGUAGACCGAAGGCAUCCAACCCCACACCACCACCAAUGACACAACAACGAAUUAUUGCCAGUUCUACUCCACUGCCCCAUGUCGAAAGUGAGGAGAUUUGUUUAUUAAUGACAUUGUUUGAUUGACAAUUUGAACGAUGUUUACAGUACCAACACUUUUGUAGUAAAAACUUGCAGUCCAGAAACUAGAUAAUUGUAUAUCAAAGAUAUAAAUCCUCCUAAUACAAUUUGGAAAAUGUAAAACCACAUUGAAAUGCUGUCACUGGUAAGAUUUGUCGGAUCAGUAUCAGUAUCUGGGCAACUGCCCACCACAUCCUCCCCUAACUCAACAACAGUUAAUUGACAACAACUUAAGGUUAAUGUUGGGUUAGGGAAGGGGUAGGUGGGCAGUUGCUCAGAAACUGAUAUUAAUCCGAUUUCUCUUGCUAUUCAUUAUAUUAUUGCAAAGGUGUAUUUGCCAUCAACCCUAACCAAAGUAAGUAUUAUCUCCGUUUUCCAAAAAUUUCGUCAUCAAAUUUAGACUUUCGUAUUAUAAGUUCCGUUAACAUAUAAGCUAUACUUUGUUUCAUUAUUCCAGUAAGAUGUAAUUCUUUUUUAAAUAUUUGAGUGCGCGCGGCCAAUCGGUUGAAGACUGCAACAUCUAUUAACUUAUCUGGUUCAGCCCCCAUUUCAACAAGUGUCUUUUUCAAUUUUUAAAGGAAUUGACAGCAGCAUGGAUGAUGUGUACUACAGUUUGUAUAGUAGCAGUAUCACAAUUCCUGACAUGGUGAAGGAUUCGCCAACCAGGUACUGUCAGAGACCAAAGGAGUUACCUUGUCAGCCAUUAUGAACACACUUGUAAACUGCUGGGCUCAGUUGUAUAAAGGACGGAUAACGCUAUCCAACGGAUAAAUUGCUAUCCAGCAGAUAAGUGAUAGCAAAACGUACUGCACCAUUUACCGGACAAAGAUCUACCCAGUGGAUAACGUUAUCCAACCUUCGAACAACCGAUGCCAGGCUUUUAAAAGCCAGUCAGUAAAAACGGUGAUGAUGGUAUUGACUUUAUUUAUGUUAUUGUUUAGGCGAAUCAGCAAGUCCGCUGUAGAUACAACAUUGGAAGAUAAAACGAAAGAGCUCAUGGAAGAAUCUAGAAUGCUACUUGUUCAGUUCAGUAUUGACAGAGUCUCCUUAGGUGUUCACAGCAUGGGUAAUGUUUUUGUUUACAAUGCUUCAUGUUCAGUUCAGUAUUGACAGAGUCUCCUUAGGUGUUCACAGCAUGGGUGAUGUUUUUGUUCACAUUACAUCUUGUUCAGUUCAGUAUUGACAGAGUUCGUCCUUGAGUGUUCACAGCAUGGUUAAUGUUUUUGCCGGUUUACAAUGCUUCUUCCCAGUAAAAACUCAGCAACCUCAGUGGUCAAACUAGCCUUAAUUAGAAAAGUGGUGUCGUUAUGGCAACUUACGUGUCAUUGAUCUUUGAAAGUUUUGUUUGACACCCUGCUUGCACAAUAUAUCGUUGGGCGUAUUGAGUUUAUAGUUACUCGUAGAAAAAACUGAGCCAUUUAUAUAUAUGUAUGUGUAUUAAAGAAAUUUUAAAAAAGUUUUUCCAGCCAUAGAUUCUAAUGCCAUUUGCGUGAGACUUGCAAUCUGUUUGUACUUGCAGGUUGCUUGAUAGCUGAGCUUCAAGUGCUUGGAGUAAAAGCAUGCCACUUGAAGAGACCCUAUGAUUCAGUCACAUCUUUUGCUGUUCAUGGAGUGCAUCUUGUAGAUGCGAUGCAGAGUUUUGGCCCUGACUACGAACUGCUUCUGUCUUCAUGCAAACCUCACCUCACAAAAUCUCCAGGAGACAACACUGUUAUUUCUUCAAAAAGUAUGUUACCAGCUUCAAUUUACGUGGAAGCUUCUAUUUAUUUUUAAUUACUCCCCCCCAACUAGGUGUGAUCGGAAACAGGAUUAGUUCAGUUUUCACCAUAAAUUUGUUUUAUAACAGUAAUUACAGUGGUCAGUCAAAUUAAAGGUCAGAAUCACAAGGAGUCAGUGAGUGUUCAAAGUAAUUACGAGCGCAAGAAAACACGAUUUGUUUUUUAGUAGAGGUUGCAACUGAGCGAAUGAAGGGGUUCGAAUUGUUUUUAUCUCAGCGCGUUGUAAAAACCAAACCAAUGCAAAGUCCUUUCAACAUUUGAUCGAAAAUGCCACCUUACAACACCUUAUAAGUUCCCUCUACUUAUCAAUAAUCCGACAAAGUCUUGUUGAGCCAAGUGAUUUGUUGCUGACCAAAGACUGCAGACUUUUAUGCAGUUGGGGAAUCCUUUUACUACUUUCACUUGCAUAAACGUAUUUAUCUAAUUAAACGUAUUUAUUAUUUAUUUAAACUUCUGACCGUGUUUUCGCCUUUAGUGGGAUUCUCUUUGAGUUAACGCGUAUACCAGCAGUAGACUUUGUUUGUGAUAUUUACUUUUCCUUCAUGAUAGAUUCUAAUUCUAGCCACCACUUCCAGAAGGAUCUAUCCCAGUUUGUUUUGUUACCUUGUAGGUGAAAAAUCUUUCUCAGAGACGAUAAGCAGCGCAUUUUCCAUAGUUGCUGAUAUUGUGAGGCCAGGCUCUAAGAGAAAAUGGCAGGACAGUGAUGCUUCAUUCUCAAGCGAAACUACAGCUGUAAUGGAGGAAGAGGAUCUAAUCACAUUUGAAUACCAGCAUUAUGAUGCUGACAGCCCUUCUACCAAAAACAGAAAUAGCAGUGGUGUAAAUCUAGUGACUCUGAAUUUCAACAAGGUCAACGUAAUUGGUAUGUGAUACAACCACUUUAAGUUAUGUAGGAUGAAAGGAUUGCCUUUGUUUGGGUAGUCCUUCAUAUACUGAUCAGGGACCAUUUUGCAGGCAAUACUGUUUAGAUGUCUUGAGUCAGCCAAAACGAUAAAAGGCGUUCUGCAACCCUCAACGGACAGUUGAAAAACAAGCAACCCCCAGUACGUUUUAUCUCGCUUGUGCCGGGCUCUCAGGUAGUGGAGAUGCCAAAGUGCAAGAGCGGGUGAGCGAACGGUAAAGUCUCUUGAAGGAAUGACGAGGAAGCUUUAUAUAGAUCCCCAACGUUUUUUCCUUCGCCCAGUUCUUUUCCUCGUUUUAACAAACUGUGUUCUUGGAAAAGGCUACAUCUUGUCGCGACGAAUAAUGUGUUGGCAGAAGUUUAAGAUCUCAUUUGAACUUUGAUGGCGCAAUUUUCAAAAUGGUACUGAAGGUCUAGAUGGAAAGAUGGGCAGUUUUUAUUUUCAGUAUUUCCAACCCAUACGUUUUUAAUCGCAGUGGUGGAAUCACUGCGAUUAAAAACGUAUGGGCGCGAUUUUACAAUUCUGGUUUAAUCAUAAUUGGAAAUGUAAUAACUUUCUUUUUUAUGAUAGCAAACCAAGAAACCCUGGCAGCAUUGGUUCAGUUCUUCAACACGGCAUUUACUUCUGGUGAAUCUGAUGGUAGUUUUGGAGAUUUGUCAGCAUUGCCAGAGGAGUCUGCUACUGAUUUCUACUCACCACAGCCUGAUGUAAGUUCAAACGCUCAUAAGGGUGCUUCUGCGGUUUGAGUAAAAUGUCAAAUACCUGCUCCGGGUCAUUUAGGCACACUUCAAGUUGUUUUUCAAAAGAAAAAGAGACAAGGAAAUGUAAUUUCUCUUUGUACAAAAUCUUCCUUAAACAAUUUUUUUUAACGAUAUCAUGUUCAGAAGAUUAAAAGUAAAGCAAGAACCAAAAUCCAGGGAAUGUGACGUACGUAAAACGCUCAACUUUCUGAGGUUCCCGGGCACCAGUUUGAAUAAACGCUAUGGGAGGGGGGGUUUAGAAAAUUUUGACUGGGACACGUUGCCCCCUAGCUGGAAAUCCUAGAUCAGACACUGCUUAUCGCUGAUAGCCUAUUGUGUUGGUUUUUAGGAUCAGGUAUCCGAAGUGACAGAAGUGACUGCGUCCUUCAAGUCGAUUAACGUCCUUGUUAUAAGGAGCAUUAAGGCGAACGGUGUUAAAUCUGUGCGAAAGGUGGCGGAAGUGUCCGUUAGCGAAGUUCAACUGAAUGCCUCUCUUGGAGAAAAUCAGAAUAUCGAUGGCUCUCUCGGAGGUCUCAGAAUGACUGAUCUUACUCCAGAGGGCUCCCUACAUCGCUCUGUGUAUACAUGUGGAAGCCUCGGCGGAGGAGAUGUUUCCCCACGAGACUCACCGUAUUUAGGGUCAUUGCGAGAAGACAUGUUAGAUGAACCUAGCGAUCAAAAGGCUUUUACAUUUACACUCUUAAUUCCAAAGAAGGGUGGACAGUGUCCCGUUAUUGCUAUAGAUGAAGGUUACGAAGGGGACUUGGAUAAUGCAGAGAUUGCAAGAAACAUUCAACUCAACGUACGCAUGGCUUCCGCUCAGUACACUCACACGCACAGGUUCCUUUCAGAACUUUUAUUAUCGGCAGGAGAUUAUGCUGAAUAUGCUACCCAGUUUGGAGAAAGUCUGCGACAAGCUGCAAGUAAUGUUGCUAUGGGUCUUGUAAGUAAGAAAAGAGCGUUGGCAGAAGGACUUGGUUAUCUUUCCUCGUCGUUUGUAACAACUGCUGCACAAGAUGACAGGAGUUUGGGAAGUCGCCAAGGUAGCAUAUUCUUCGAAGGUGACAGUGACUGUCUUCAAGAAAGUUGUGACUUUGUGGACAAUGUUCCUGUGAAACCCAACAGAAGAGUUUACACCUGCAUCACGGUGGACUCGCCGGUUGUUCAGCUGCCAACGUCGUCCUCAAGUACGGAGAUUCUUGUUGCUCAUUUAGGCAGCAUUACUGUGAGGAACACGCAUUUGAUAGAACUUGUGGAACAGGAAAGUGACACGGGGCACCUAACUGGUGUUGAGUAUGACAUUGAUCGAUUAUUUGUGGAAGUAAAGGACAUGAGCUUGUACUGCACAGCAAUGGAUACAAGUAGAUCAGGAAGAGCGUCUUCAUCGUCGUUUUCCGAGUCAUUUGCAAGCUCAAAAAAUUUGCAUUCACCCAAAUGCUGCAGCGUGCACAUACUUCACAAGUCAGCAUUUCAACUUAUUAUUGACCGUCGUUCAGAAGAUGUGGGUGCAUUGGCAAUGGGUGUAGGUUGUGCGUCUUUGAACUUGAAAAAACCGACGAUUCAAAUGUCGGGAAAGGUCACCACUCCAUUAAAACUUGAAUUGUCAACUCAAUCCUAUCGUCAGCUUUUUGAGACUAUAGAUAACCUUGGCGGUAGUAAGGAAGCAGUGCCCAUUCCUCCGGCAGCUGGGAUGCAUAGUUCCUCCAUAGCUAGUCCCAAUUCCCAGUCACCAAGCACUCUUUCUCCAAGGUGAGCCUUUUUCUGUCUUUCUCCCAAUUAUUUCCGGCGAUUUUCAAAAUGACAGAGAACGAUUUUAUGCAAAGUGCUAUAAAAGUAUUUUUAGGGUUUUUUUAUAUGAGUCACACUCAUCUUCCUAAAGAAGAGUUACUCAUUUAUGUAUGUGGCAUAAAUGAGUAACUCUCCUUUAGGAGUCGUGACUGUUGACUUCUAAAGAAGUUAUUAGUUUCUCCUUUUUUUUACUGUCUAAAUGAUGUGAUUAUCUAGACUUUCAGGGACAAAUUACAAAUUCACUGCUCGUGUCUCGUGGGUGAUAAGAUAAGUGCCAAGGUUUGCUUUUAAUUUUAAUGUACAUCGUUUGUUUUUUUUUCAGUUCAUCAGCUUCGAAUCUACAGGCUUGUAUUCCUGACAAGGUGCUGCCAGAAAAGCAUGUUACAUUUAUACCUAAUCUUGUGGAGGAGAACAUUCAUGAUGAGUCAACUGCUCACUUUGAAAGUGAAUCUGAUGACCCCACUCCAAUACGUGCAUUAUUUGAAGUGCCGCACUUAAGCGUCAAGCUUUGUGGUGAGCUCAACAAAAUUGAUCACGACUUUGUUGACAUAAUGUUUUACGACUUUAAUUUGGCUUAUGAGCACACAAGACCAACUGUUACUUUGUUCAAUGUCUCUCUCGGCGGUCUUCUUGUGGAGGAUCUGCUCCAGGAGCCAGAAUCUCCCUAUCGUUAUCUCAUUUCGUCUUCUGCUCCACGCCAACAUCACUUCAGAGAACGUUCUCUGUCUGCAUACCCUUCAAAUCUUUCCUCAUCUUGUCCUGUCGUUUCUGAAGCUGGUCUUCGCUCGAAUUUUUCUUCAUCACUUCCGCACUGUCUUCCUGCUACAUCCAAACAAGGGCCAUUUCGUUCUUUGGCUCCGUUGAGACCUUUGUUAAAGAAUCAAAAAUUUCCUUCCAUGCCUUCUGUUAAUGUCACCUUGGACAGCGAAUCAUUGGGAGAAGACUUGGGUACUUCAAAUACAAUCAUUAAAGACAAGAAAAGAAAUAGCCUUGUACACAUCAAUGUCUUUUUGAUUGACAAGAAAGAUGAAGAAUUUAGUACCAAGUACAACUCGGUAAGUGCCAUGCGCAGACUCAUGUUCACUGCAUUUUGACUACAGUCAUAUUACAAUACCGCUUUUGUGCACUGGAGCAUCUUCACGCGCGUCUUUAAUUUGUGGGAUUACGCGCACUUCCAGUGCUUGUAGUUACGCGCGUGCAAUAGAAAAAUUUCACUCAGGCAGUGGUUUCUACAUUAAUACGUAAUUACGCGCAGUGUGCGUGUUUCGCGCGGGAAUGCGUGUGUCACGCGCGUGUAAUGCUGCAGUACACGCGAGCGGUACUGUGUUAUGAGACGGUAUUAUGUUCAGUCAUUGUUUCAGUGUUGUUUGAAGUUUCUUUGUCUAACAUUACGUAACCCUUUAAGGUUCAUUUUUUCAGUGAAGGUUGGCAAGGUCGGACCAGAAUAGAGAUCCAAGCUCUACUUCGUCAUGCUUGCAUCAUGAACAGCAAUCACAAUAUUAGAGGACACUCUUUCGAGCAUCCUAUUGCUUUUGGUUACCUUGAUUUAUAUUUUAUUGAAAAGUUUGAAAAUUUUAGUUAAGUUUAUCCUAGAAGUUUUAGUUCAAUUACCAAUACCACAUUUGGAUUGACAUACCGUGCAUUCCUGCUUAGCUCACUAUUUGUUAAUUUAUUUUUUCUGUUUUGGGUAGGUUAACCGAAUCAUAGAGGUGGACUUCAAUUCUCUAGAGGCAAAUUUAAAUUUACAAACUUGGGUAAUUGUGUUGGAAUUCUUUGGAAUUGGUGUUCCACAGCAGCUAUCUGCUUCUCAGCCGUCAAGUCCAAACCCCUUAUCUCCACAACCUCACGAACUAAGUGACAAUGUGUACGAAAACCAAAAGGACACUCAAAUGGAAGGUAAACUCUCAUUCCAGUGAUACAGUCAUUACAUUACAGGUUAAGUUGACAUGGUCGAAUGUUCUUUGGGCCUCACUAGAUUUGCGUUCGGUAGCUCAGGUUAAAAUAAUCCUUCUGCAGCUACUAGUAAACAGUCAACUGGUUUGUCUCAUUUUACCCUCCUCGCUAAAGUUUGUACACAAAGUGCUCAGUUAGCCUAGAGAUGCCUAGAUCAAACUCUAAUGGUGUAGUCCUCUUUCCUUGUUAUUCUUGAUUUUGUAUUGUUUAAGAAGUAUCUUUUAAUUCUUCGAUAGACAAAUAGUUUGCCUGACAUAAAAAUUUUUUUAAAAGCAGAGAACCUUAUCAUAAAUUGUGAAGCAAAGGAAUUGUUUACCUUUGAGGCGACGUUGUAAUUCUACACUGAGAAUCACUUUUAUGAUUAAAUGAAAUAAACUAAAUUUAAAGAAAGCGACAAAACUUUUGAGUUUGUAAAACAUGUUUCCACAGAAAUUUCUGUCAUCUUCAGUUAAUUACCGUACAAAGCGUCGAAAGUUGAAUUAUAUAGUAAGUAAACAAUGCUAUGACAACAAGAAAAGAGGUAAAGCAUGAAAGUGUGAGAAUUAAAAGGAAAGUUUUAGAUUUACAUGGUGUAAUUGUUGAUUCAAGGAUGGUUGUUUUCUUUGACUAUGAAUAGCCUGUUUUAUCUUGAGCUGAAAGCCGGUAGAGGCGUGAUCUAAAACAUAGAAGUUAUCUGUAGAACACAAAGCGCAACAAUGUGGAGAAUCUUUCAGAUGCCUUAAAGUGUGAGAGGCCCUGUCACUGACUAAGUGCUCUCUAACACGUGUGGAAAAAUGGCGGCAGGUUUCACCGACGUAACAGGUAUUACAGCCAGUACAUACAAACUUAUAAACCACACGUGAACGGAGCCCGUCAGGGACAGGGUCUUUCACACCAAACAAGUUACCGAUUUUGAAGGAAGAGAAAACCAGUUUGAUAUUCAAGUCAUUGCAAUAGCGCUUAAUAAAAUGGCCGAUCUAGCAGAGAAGUGGCCAAUGUAAGGUAGCUUAAAGUAGAACGUAGGUGAAGUGGUAGGAAGGGAAUUCCGGGGAUGAUGAUUGUUUUGGGUCCCAGUGAUGUAACAGUUUAUAAUCUUCUCGAUUAAAUGAGCUGGGAAAAGAUUCUUUUUUAGAAUAUCAGUAAGAUUGUUAAUGUCUUCGCGAAACCCCAACCAGGUGUUAUUAAUCUUGUAAGCCCUAUCAUCAUUAAGACACUCGUUGAUGCUUUACCUUUUUUCUUGUUACUAUUCAUCUUAAUUAGCAUUGUUCUACUUACCAUAUAAUUAAACUUUCAACGCUUUGUACAGUAAUUAACUGAAGAUGAUAGAAGUUUCUGUCAAAACAUGUUUUACAAACUUAAAAGUUUUGUCGCUUUCUUUAAAUUCUUGACUUGCCAGCUGAUAUCAAGACCCUUUGGAAAUAAACUGAACUGUUUUAUCUUGAAAGGUAUAGAACAGACAGAGGCCGAAGGCAUAAACACUGAUGUCAAAUUUCAAGUGUUGUCUUUGACUUUGACGUUAAGUAAAAUAAGAUAUCCCAUAGCAAAAGUCAAUGCCUUUGGGCUGUCCACGGAAGUAAACAUGAACGAUGAAAACUUUGUUGCCAAGGGCAGAUUAUCAAGUAUAUCAGUGACAGACAUGUCUCCACAUGGAUCUCUGUACAGGGAAAAGUAAGUCACUAAUUUUAAUGACGGUGUAGUAAUAGGCAGCUAAAAAGCAACAGUAGAAUGUUUGUCUUAUUCCGGUCUCUGAACCAGUUUGUUGAUAGGAUGUGGCCCAACAUAUACAUUUUAGGCGUUUGUUUGGGUGAGUGAAUGGCAUAUUGAAUUUAGGGGACCAACUGACAGUUUUUGACUAAAAAGGAAUUUAUUCUACCACGCCUCAAGUUUCAACAAUGGGCAUUUCAAGUCGGCCGUUUUUAGUGCUUGUCAGUGUUUUCCAUCCUUAACCAUGCGCUUUCUGGUGCAUUUUUAAAUUUUAGAUGUUUUUCUAUUUUGUGAACUCACUGUUUGCGUUUUCCUUCAUGAUAAAUUUUCAAGGCGCACAUAACUAUCUUAAGAUGCAAAAUUGAACAGUGCGGUCCAUCUUUGAUGUGUUUGGCGUUUGUCAUUUGGAAAUACAAAGGGGAAAUUAUCUGUCAGUUAGUUAGAGUAAAGACCCUAAACUCUGUUAUUGGACGUAUUGGAACAGUGCGGUCCAUCUUUGAUGUGUUUGGCGUUUGUCAUUUGGAAAUACAAAGGGGAAAUUAUCUGUCAGUUAGUUAGAGUAAAGACCCUAAACUCUGUUAUGGGACGUAUUUACAUGUAAUAAAUAUAUUUAAUCGUUGUUACAGAAUAAGCGAGAUUCUUUGAAGUUGUUUCCUUCAUAUAAGUUCUGUUGCACACUUACUAACUUGUACAUUUUCAUCAGAUUUACAACGUUUGGAGAUGAAGCUCUGAGUUUUAAUUUCCUUAAGUAUGGUGCCCCAGAUCCUGACUUGCAGAGGGAGAAUGACAUGAGUCUCAAAUUACGGAUGUCAUCUGUACGGUAUGUGCAUACUAAACGAUUCCAGACAGAGCUGGUGGUUUUCUUCCAACAUUUUCUGCAGCUCCAGGAAGUCCUAGGCAGGAUGAGAGCUGCCUCGGAAGGAAAUGAGGUAAGUCGUCUCUUGAAGCACUUUGAAAAAUACCAUAUCACUCAUGGCUGAACUCUUAGAAGAAUCACUUUGUGCCUGAAGGCUCUGAUGUUAGAAACGAGGGGUACCAAUUUAUUGAAAGUUAUGUUAGUUGCUCAGACACACGGGUUAGGUCGGGGGCCUACGUUACCGACAUAAAAUAAAUUGUAUUGUAUUGGUAUCACUGUGGCACUGUGUUAGUUGCUCAGACACACGGGUUAGUGGCCUGUGGCACUGUGGCACUGUGGCACUGUGGCACUGUGGCACUGUGGCACUGUGGCACUGUGGCACACGGGACAGCCCUGAUACCCCUUGGUUGGUUGUUUGGAUGAUACUUGAUUUAGGCCUGUUUCGUUUGAGAUUACGAUUUUUAUAUCUUGAAUGUGUCUGAAAAAAUAGAAUUUUUGAUUAUUCGUAUCACUUCUUAAGGAUCAUGUAUUAAUAUUUUUGUAGUGAGAUAAACUUUGCACGCAUUUUGAUUGGUUCUUUCUAAUGAUUUAUUAAAGGACAGACGCAUAGAUGACGUCAUCAUUUAUCGCUUUGUUUCUUUACUAUGAAAAACAAAUAGAUUCCAUGUUGCUUUGCGGCUGUUUUGUAAUACACAUUUUGGUCACAGGCGAUGUCAGAAUGUGGUAAGAACGUGUGCUAAUUUUUAGCUCUAACCGCAAUUUUACAUCUUCUGUCACUUACAUGUGUGUAACUGAGUAGCUCUCAUCCUGCCAAAUGGAAUCUGUUUGUUGAUGUGAGUCUGAGCAACUUACUUAUGCGUUAACAAUGUGUCGGGGUUGUCAUCUCAGGUCUCUUGGAUGUUUGGACGUGGAAGUCGAGUGGCGCUUGACAUCAAGGCAGGAAAUCCAGUCGUUUUGGUACCUCGCUCGGCCAAGUCCUCGCACAUGCUAGUGGCAGAUCUGGGUAACCUGACUGUUAACAAUAGCUUUCUUUGGAAAGGGCCACCAGACACAUUGCCACAUUCAAAAAAACCAUCAAGGCAACGAGCAUCAUCUCAAGCAGAUUCCGGUAGGUUAAACAGGAUAGAUUAAAAAAGCAAUUUGCAGCAGGAGCUUGCAAAGGGUGCUUGUAAUUUAAUCAAGUUUGGCCAAACAAAACAAGUUGAGUCCCGUGGUUGCUAUUAAAAAAGCCAACUUAUCGCGGGGACUAAAAGUGUGUCCAGUGGGUGUUUUCAAUCCCAGAGGAUUAGAAAUUAUUUUGCUCCAUGGUCUUCACAAUUCUUGGAACUGACCUGUUUUAUCUAUAGAAAGGACCAAUCCUUUCUGACGAAUUUGAAGAGGUCCAUGACGCACUGUACUAAGGUGAAUCAUUUCGGUUUUAAUUGACAAUUAUUUCCAGAAGUAGAGGUGAAUAUCCACCACUUUCACCGACACUGAGGUGGAUAAUUGUUUUAAUAUAUACCACACAGAAACCAAAAAAGUUUGUUUUGUCAAUAUACCCCCCAAGAAAAAAAAAUGGACAGAAAUUUAAUUGCUGACGCGCGAUUUUGUCUCUUCGACUGCUUGAAGGUGAAUCGUACUUGUUAAUGACUUCCGAACCAGCCAAUUAGCGUGUGCGAAAAGCACCAGUCACCUGUGUGGUAUAUACUCAAAUCAUCAAUUUCUCCUUUUUGUUUAAGGACAUCACGACACUUGCUUGUUGGACAGUAUGCACAUUGAAUUGGUUGACAUGGAUCUCUUUACAGCCACAAGAGUACAAGAGAACAAUCAGCAGUCGCCUUCGAAGUUUUCAUAUAAAAGCCAGGUUUGAACUCUUGUACUAAGAAAAGGUUGACCUGAAAUGAUUCUAACAUUUCUAUAUCAACAUAUUCAUCGUCAGUUAUAAGCUGAUGUAGUUGUAGGUUAAGAGUCAUGCACAUUAUCUUCGUGUGAAUGUAUAUUUGUGUUCUUUUUAUGUAAAUAUUUUUUCCUUUCUAGUGAAUGUGUUGGAGUUUGAUGUCCUACCGACCUGUAAUUAACUCUCUUGUUAAAAUGAUACUUUGGUCAAUAGGCUGCUGGGCUUCGCUCUGUUAGCCCCUUAGGAUAUUCCAGGAAGCAAGCACUCUAAUUUUGUUUGUUUUUUUUUUCUUUCUUUCACUUUUUGUAAUAAGUGGUAGGUUGAACAAUAAAGAGGAAUAGUAAAGAUUGUCGUUGUUGAUCUCUGUCUGUCUGUCCCAUUUUCCUUUCACCUGAUUGCGAGGAACUUUUAGCUGACGAUCAAGUGUGAAGCUUUCUACUGUUUACUUGUUUGCAGGGAUUAAAAUUGCUGAAAGAGAAGUGCAAACUGACUUUAACAGUCGAACGUAACCUGGACGGGGCAUCUAGUAAAGCUGGAGCAGGUAAUCAAAAGUACACGUACAUUCAUGUAGUGCUGAUGUUACACCGUCAAGCGUCACUUUCAAGGUGUGGACAGGUGUAAUUAAACAUGAAAUCUCCACACUAGGGUGUUUAAGGCUCAAAAAUAUAAAAACAACUUAACCUUUUUCCCGAUAAAUUCAAGUACACGCAAGUGCUACUAAAGUUCGCUGUUAGGUUACUUUUUUUACAUGAAAUCUGCCGUACAGGUGGGACAAUCUAGCAACUGAGCUACGAAACCACACAUUAGAGGCCAUGUUAGGUGUGGCUCUUUGGCAUGCUGUUACUGUCUUUGGAGUGAACGUGGAAAUACGUGUUCUUCGUCGGUAGGUGUAGCUAACAUUGAACUGUAAUUUAGUUCCAGACUUCAACUUCAGUGGCUGUCUUUCGUCCUUGUGUGCAUCUUUGGAUUACUCACAGUACUGCUUCAUUCUUGGAAUGUUGGGAGAAAACUUUGGAGAACCUUUGGAAGAAUUUGAGAGACCGUCAUCAGUCAUCCAAGAUCCUCUUGGAAAGGUGAUAAUUAUAUUAAUCACUUAAAUCUUUUCUACAUUUAAAACAGAAAAGUUUACUCUUAGUGUCUACUUUGAAGUAGAGGUGGUGCUAGGCUUUAGUUUUUUUUUUAAUUAGUUUGUAGUUAAAGUGUGCUGAGUUUUAAAGCGGAAUUUAUGGAAGGGAGGUUUUAGAUAGAGCCUUAGUGCUUGUUUAUUUGCCAUAGUAAAUACCCACAGUUUUACCUCUUUAAACUUUUAAAGAGGUCGGAUCCUUGCCGCAAAUCCUGCUUUACAGAUUACUUUGAAAUCUUGUAUUUGAAACAUCAACUAAAACUAAAGGAUGAUAUACACAUAAACUAGGAAAAGCCACAUCAAAACAGCGCUUUAAUCACGUCAAUCUAACACUUACACUUAAGGCAUUGCUAUCAUUUUUGUCUUCCUUCUUUAUCACAAACGUUUUGUGUGUAAUCUUAAUUAUUUAAGCAAACUAAUCGAGAUUUUCUGAAAUCCAAAUGGCCUCCAAGAAUGCUAUGUAACUGAGGGCCAAGAAAGGUUUUGAAAAGGUAAUUGCUUCACCAUUUUAGCCCCCAGAGGAAGAGAAGGUUUGGACUGUCCUGAGAAUGAACAUUGACCUCGUCAACGUUAGUUUGGAGCUGCUCCCCUUUCAACUGUUUGAGCACCCAGAAGAUAACCUCGACCACGCCCAGCUGCCAUCAUUGGCCAGGAUAGACUUCAUUAAAUCUAAAUUCGAGUUUGAAUCUUUCUCUGAUUGGUCAAAGACUAUUGAUUUGGUCUCCCAAGAGGUCAUUUUUGAAGACAUGAGGCAGAAAGGUAACUUUUCAAUUCCAGUGAACGCUUUCGGUUGCCCCGGGAUCUAACAACAAAUUACCUUCCCGAUAUCAUGGUUUUUGUUUCACGAUGUUCAAUCGAUCAAAGGAUUACAUAAAUUUGCAAAUUCAACUAUAUCGUGGGUUUGGAAUGUAGAAAGAACUCCCGGAAACAAUAUUGUGGAACAUUUUUUCCUUCGUCUUGAAAGACGAUUCUACGAUUUUCAUAGCCCUGUUAAGAAAAGGGCCCGAACAACGUUGUUUGCAGUGUAAGAGAAAACAACGAGUCUUCUUGUUUCGUUAUUAAGGUCAUUCCACACAAUCACUUUACCCAUUCUUACCUUGUGCUAUCACGUGCUUCAUUAGGGAACGCACUUAAAAUGGCGUUUUUUUAGUCGUUUUGUCUGAUUGGACUUCUUCCUUUUAAAUGGUUGCAGCUAAAAAUGAGGCUGCUACCUCGUUUUAAGCACAAAAUUAAAGGCCCCAAGAGAUAAAAGACCAAUUGGAAAUGCUUCACAAAGAAUCUUAGUGCAGGUUCUGUCCUUUUAAUACUUAAUUUUGCUGACUUCCUCUCUAGGUAUGGACCUGGAUGACUCUGAUUCCUGUAUCUUCACUGGUAUUCUUUUGCCUAGAAAAUUGCCAGCGUCCACCAAGGAGCAGGAGAAUUCGCUACAGUUUGAGGUUCACUACAGAGACACGACUAGUAAAACCCUGCUAACGUUCUUGUUCAAUCACAGUCGUAUUAUGCUAAUCAUCGAUUAUCUGCUUGAUACGUACAACUUCAUCAUGUGUCGAAUGUUCAAACCCAGUACAGGUGAACACACCUUACAUUUUUAAAUGGUUAAUAAUCUAUAGUUCAAGUCUGUAACAUUCAUUUAUUCAGAGCCGUUCGCUCAUCUCUGCACGGGUUUAUUACGAACCAACAAAAUGACCAGCUCCUAGUUGGCUUGUUAGCUCAGUUGGUGGAGCACUGCACUGGUAUCGCAGAGGUCAUGGGUUCAACUCCUGAAUAGACCUAAAUUUAUUUCAGGUAUUAUUUUAACUACUGUUUUCGUGACUGCGGGGAUCAAACUCAUUUUCUUUGCUUAAUCUGCAGUUCAAGUACAUGAUAUUUAUAAAUUUACAAUCGUUUAGAAAUGGGUAGGGAAAAAUGGUUUUCGAAGGGGAGCUUCUAUUUUUUUUUUUUUUUUUUUUUUUUUUUAAGUUGUGGUGAUCAAACCGGUUUGUUUAUCUUUUUCUUUGUUCUGGAUUUUGAUCUUGAGUGGGAGGCAAAGGAAAACUUAAUAUAAAUCAAACUCGGUGAAAAAAAAUUAAUCCAAGGAUAAGUUUGAACCACUGAAUAUACCUGAGGUCUAAUCCUAACCUCGGUUUUUACGCAAUCAAUAGGCCUCAGGUUUUCUCUUUUAGAGGGUUGAUUUAAUUAAAUAAUUGUCCCUCCACUGUUAGCUUUGGGCCUUCUUGUCGCUGUUCACAAAAAUAAAUGUUCAGAUAAGUGGUUCAGCUAAAUUGGUUAGGACUCGCAUUUGUAAAAGAGCAGCUAAACUAUGUUUAAAAAAGGAUUGGAUAGCAAAUUUUGUUACUUCCACCCAUACUCGCAACUUCUUUUAGUCAAAAUUUUCGUUUGUAUGCGGAAGUUCGUGUUAGUGCUUCCGAAAAACGUCGUUUUCAAUCAAUGCCUUUAACCCCAGUUAAAAACUGUGAACUUCUCAUUGGCGAUCUCUUUAAAAUUCGUUUUCUUUUCGAUGGCUAUGAAACAAUCUUAAUUGUAUGAUAUCCGUCGAAAAGAAAAGACUUUUCUCAAAAAAAACACGAAAAUAGAAUUGUAAUUUAGUGGUAGUAACGUUACCUUUAACCUUCCAUGCAGAAUGUCUUGAGAGUUUGUUGGGUUUGCCUUUCUACCCCGACAUCAGUAUCUAUAUUCUUAAAACAAUUCUCUUUACAUUUCCUUUGGUACUGAUAAGGAGAAUUCGUUUAACAAUCAAACUUCUUAGGUUGGUAAUCAUUUCCUUUGUGUUCAUGAUUUUAAUGAAUGAUUUAGCAGUAGUACUGUAAAGAAAAAUUAGAUGCUGAUUAUUGUUAGGAUUGAAAGUUCUUAGUUAUGAGAAAGAAACAGAAAAAUAAAGGCUUGACUUAGUCCUCUCUUGCUGUAGCUGAAGACAGUUCUAUGGACGUGCCAGAAGAUGAUGGUCCCGCCAAGCCAUAUGAAACACCGCCUCCGUCUGCCUCAGGGGUGGCGACCAGAUGUGAGAUGCCAGCACAACCACAGGUGGACAAUUUGUGCUAAUAGUAAUUCUUUUCAGUCGUGUACGUGUUGUUCGGCGUUUCAAGAAAAAGUAAAAAGAUGCAGUCACUUUAAGUUGGGAACUUCCGCGCGGGAUGUUUUCGCCAGGUUACUAGGUAGUCGCAACAUUGCGCUCGUUGGCUGAGGGGUUUGAUACGGUCGAACCUCCAAGCCUUAAAACUCGCGUCAAAAUACGUUUUUAACCGCAGCUAAGCUCAACAAAAGAUGGGGGCUACGCAACUAUACUUUGAGGCGACGGAACUUGUGGCAAUCGUGCAAUGGGGCGACGUCACCUGAAACCGUUGUGCUGAUAAACAUUUGAUUUUGAAAUGUCGAAAAUUCAGCAUUUGUUCAAAGUGUUUCAUUUCGUUAACCUUGUGUAAUCUAUAGUAAGGAGCAGCAUCGUCGUUUCCCGGAAAACUGGGUAAUACUAACAUAAGUGUUAUUUUAGAUAUUUUUAGGAUGCUAAGUUCUGGCGUUCAAACCUUAACUUUUGGUGGCCCUAGUCAGUUUUAACUCGCCACUGGCGACCGUGCGACCGCCAAUUUUUAGCCCUGGACAGUGCGCGCCAGUUGGUGUGAUGUGAUAUUAGAGUUUUGAUGUUACUAAUUUGAUUACUUUCAGCCUCAAAAGACGUUUGAAAUGAAAGUGAAUAUUUCGGGAACGGAGCUCGUUGUGUUGGAGAAUGUGAACACUAUGGACACCCAUGCCGUAGUUUUGAAGGUACAAUCGCUAACCUGUUGUAAAGUGAAUGGAUAAGGAAUAGUUGUGAUGAUUACAUCAUAGUAGUUUGCUUCUUCAUUAAGACAUUACCAUGGUCGGCACACUGAAUUCUGAAUCUAAAGCUCGGGUUGGAGCCAUAUCUGGGUCUUUGUGGCGUUUCUUGGCCAAGACACUUUAUUCUCACUGAGCCUCUCCCUACCCAGGCGUAUUAGUUAUUCAUAGUUGUCUGCUACUACUAUGGGAACUCGACGAAAUUUUGGGGUUAAUCCGCGAUGGACUGGUAUUCAAUCCACGGGGACCAUGGAAACCGGCCUAUGAGCCAGCGAGCCUUUGUUUGUUUGGAGACUUAACCCUACUGUUCCCUUUUUGAUGAAAUAUCUCAAAUAAUAUUGUGAAGUGUUUUCAAUUGGAGAAUAAAGUGACUUAAAAACUUUGUACCCUGAAAGACCAUGGUGACUUAUAUGUAAUCGCAUCGAUUAGAGAUGUAUAUAUUGUUGAGUCCUGUUUGCACACAUUAAAUCAACUUGUACCCGCUGCAUAGAUAACAGCUGUGUUGGCAUGGCGCCCGCAUCUUCAAAGUCAGAAGUGGCUGUCGUGCAGUAUCCAAAACCUGGAGAUGUUCUCCUGUGUUUUGUCCUGUGAGGAAGAAACCGCUCUGUCGAUUAUAGAUCCAACAUCUGCAUUAGUUGAGUUGAACAAUUCCAGGAGACAGAAAGGACGCAAAAAUGCCGGGUUGUUGGAUAUCACAGAGGAACAGUUGCCUAGUUUGGAGGUAAGUAGCCUUUUGUGUUUUCAAAACCAUAAUUUUUUUAAAAAGGAGAUACUAAUUUUGUUGAUGAAACUUUUUGGGAAAUUCUCGUUAGUGGUCACAAGAGCGCUGACGUCCAAUCUUGUAGAAGACAAAGGGUGUUUGACACCAGCGUUGGGUUUAAAUUUAGACGCAUAUGAGAUUCUCUGUCUUGGCUUUGGUGGUUUUCCAUGAUUACUUGGUAAGACAGGGAAAAUAAAAUGGUUAUAGGGCUUGAAGUUAGACCUUCAUGCACUGUUUAGAUUCCUUUACACUGUUCUGCAAUAAGCUGACCCAUGUGUUAAACUUACCUUUAGAAAGCGUUUAGGUGGUUAUGUCUGGUGAAAGAUAAUGAAAAAAAGCCAUCUUUGAGCUCGUUUGUAGAACAAAGAAAUAUUGCAGUAUCUUUCGGAUCAUUGUUCUUUAGUUUAAAUAAUUGUGUUACUUUGUACCCUUACUUUUAACCCUUAUUUUCCAUGUGAAUGCUUCAGAUCCCCUCAAAAUGUUUAAAAUAUCUAAGUAAGUAUUGUGCUACAAAAGGUAGCAACAUAAUUCGAUAUAUCAGAGCGAUGAACCCGCAAGAACGCCUUGUAUUUAUGUGUUUUAGAUCAACCUUCCAGGACCGCUUACCAUGCGUGUGUCAUAUAACGACUAUAAGUUGUACCUUAGUAUCCUGGAUUCUGUGUCCAAGCAACUGAAUAAGGCUAUUAAAAGUGAAGUCAAUUCAAACGUUGCCGAGGAGGUGCCUGAUCAUGAGUUUGAUGGUGAGUUUCGAGGUCAUGUUUUAGGCAGUUUUACUGCACUGUAUGCUGAUACUUUCAUUUGUUCAAUGAAAAAUGUCGUAUUUUACUUCGUAAAAUUGUAGGAAACCACAAGCCAAUCAUGAAAAGGUGCAGGGAACAGAGGACUUUUUCCUUUUUCUAAUUUCCUGAAACAAGAAGGAUAUGUGAGCACUUGAGACAGCUUUCAGACGAGGUUGUGUAAACACCGAUAAAGUCCCUUGAUGCUCCCUUAUAAACUGCUCAAAUAGAACGUGCAAAUCAAUUAUUAUCAAUUAUUAUUGAUUAGCAGUUGAUCAACAUUUCUUUUGCUACCAAAGCGAUGUCAGUAAAACGUCUUCAAGAACUGGGCUUUAAAGAGGCAGAUUGCAUCAGAGCUCUUCAAGCGACGUCAGGUCGACUAGAGGCUUCUGCCACUUGGCUUCUUGAGAACGCUACUCCUAUCAUCCAAGCACAGAGCUCCCAACAGCAAAGCAGUACACAGGGUUGGCAGUUUGCUGGUUUUGAGGUGAGUUGAACGCUUUGUGCCCAGGCUUGGUGUGUCGUAAAGCCACAGUGACACUGCUAUGAUUGGCAAGUAUACUUAUUUAGAAAAGAAAAAAACUUGUAUGAUGUAAAGAAGUACAGACGACUUGUUGUAACAAAAUUUGAGUGUCCAUAGUAGAAUUCUUCGUAGAAGUUUUCCUAUCAAAACUAAUCAUUCUUUUUUCUCGUAGACGAACAAAUUCUCUCCUUGGCUUCUCUUGGUUUGUCAUGUUUGGCUUUAAAAAAGCUGGCAAGGCGAAAAGCUUUUGGAAAUGAUACUUGCCAAGUAAAACGCACUAAUGUUAGCAAUCGUGUUAAAGGUUUCAUGAUACGUUGGUACACAAACAAAGCUGGUUUACCAGGGCUACUGUUGAUAAGUAAUUCAGCUGAAUAUUCAAGAUGUUUUUCAGUCAUUCUUAGUGUUGUUUGCAAUUUUAAGUGAGCCAAUUGCAAAUGAUGCGCUUUCUAAGCUUUGGCGAGCUGUUUUACGGCUAUCGGCGAACCCCAUUGAGAUUCUCUUUGUUGUACCCUGAGAUAGAACAAAGAGCUUGCAAAACUUUGACACUAACUGUCUGGGGUUGUUUUUCCCGCGGUAGGUCCGCGCGGGUGCUGUGUGUAUCUGCCUGAUUGAUGACUGUGGUGACAGUGACGUACCACUCAUUGAGUUCAGCGCUCAAAGUAUGUUGGAUUCUUCGCAUUUCUUAAAACUUAGAUUCAUUUGCCUCCCCACUGUUUAGUUAAGUUUUGUAAGCGUCUGUAUUUAUUAUCCUUCAAUAUUUUUUUAACUCGCGGGAAAAAUGUUUGCGAAAAGCUUACGUUUGCGGCGUAGGAAGUUCACUUUCCAGUGUUCUCUAUUACGAUUUCAUCUACUGUUCCUUCUUCUGUAACAACCACAUAACGCUUUCUCAUCUUGAACUAUAUUUUAAAAGCAGAUUGUUUCUUACUGGAGUUAAGGUUUGAAAAUUGGGAACAUCACUUACGGUAUAUCCUCGGAUAUCUCCCAGUUUAACCGCGGGAUAUUCGGUCACGUGAUGCGUUUUUGAUCAAUCGCGCGGGAGCAAAAAUAUUUGUUGGAUAAUAAAAAUAGAUACUGGUAAGCUGUCAGGGAAAGCUGAAAAAUGCUAGAAGGUAGCCUUUUGAUGGAAUGGCAUCCGGUCUGGGGUGGCCUUGUUGAGUUGUGCUUCUGAAACCGGUAUAAGCCUCGGAAGGAUGGGCCCUGUACCUCGUAACUUGGCUUCUUUUUUCAAACAGCAAUGUAUCAAUUGACAGGAGAAUUUUCCUUUCCCCCUUUUUUUCGGCCUCUCGAUAACCUCUUGGACAAAAAUGCUUGUCCCUUCCCAAAGUUUCUCUACUUUACAAUCCCAAGGUGGUGGCUCUACAUUUCGCGUUGUAAUGUUGACCGUUCCCUAGCCAAGCUAAGGUUUAUUGACUACCCCUGCGGUAACAUGCGUCAUUUAUGUCCAAGCAUUCCAGUUCCAUUUCUUGUCUUUGUAAGCGGGUUUCUCAUUCGCGCACGAGAUUUUGAACCCCCCUUAACUGGGAGACCCGGAUUUGCUAAUGAUACGUAGCUUUCAGUUUUCUUUAUCCGUGUAGACCUGUACUUCUGGCAUGACCUUCAGUCCACCGGUGAUGGCGCGGCUCAGUGUACUGUGAUAGUGCAGUACUACAACAGAAAUGUGUCAGACUGGGAACCUUUCGUGGAGCCAUGGAAGUAAAUAUGAUCGUCUAGAUUGCACUGGUCUUCCCUAACAUAGCUUUAGCUAUACGAUGUAGAAAUUUGAAUCUGGGCCGGGUUGUUCGAAAGGGGGUUAACCUUACUCUUGGAUUGAAAAUUAGCCUUAGCUUUAUGACUCAAGACUAACGGGAAAAAUGCAAAAGAAAAAUUAAUUAAUUAAACUCAAUUUAAAUUGACAUUUAUUCCGGGAUAGGUUAAUCGUGUUUUCAACAACCCGCUCUGAACAAAUGAUGAUUGACGUCAUGCACGAUCAGAACGAGGGCUCUCGUCCGAUUCGAACCAAUUUUUCGCCUAAGCCUGGUUUUCAAAGGAUCGCACGGAUGGUCCCCAUUUUUUCGAAAACCUGGGAGGACUGGAAAAGUUCAGGCGUAUUCAUCAUUGGAUUCUUUCGAUCUCUCUUAUGGGCUAGGUUGCUCAUGGAGUCCUUCUCACUUUUAAAGGAAAUCUCAGUCUUAAGUGUCUAAGUAAUCCGCAGCUUCUUUGGUUUUGCUUUACUUCACUAUUUAAUCGGUCCAGAAAACUCGCGCCACUUUCUCAACCAACUGUGUUAAUGGUGGACUCCUCUCUUUCUGUACUGUCCUUGCUAUGUUUUUUGGUUAAGACCCCCAUUAUGCUUGUGUUGCAGAUGUCAAUUGCACUGGCAGGAGCAAGGUAAAACACCAAGUAAAACAAACAGGUUUCUGGCUAAACUGGAUGGUGAGUUGUGGUGCACUACUAUGCUGAACAAAAUCAUUUGGGAAAUCAGUCUCUUACACAUUGCCUUUUUCCACCCUGACAUCUAAUGACUUACGGGGAUAACCUGUAGCAAAAAAACUCAUCCGGGGUUGGGGAAGGAAUGGUAGCAAUGUAUUUGUAUUCGUUAUAUACUUAGAGAUUGGGAGUAAACUUAAAUUCUCGCGGAAUGGGCCAGCAGCUCCCAAGUCAUGCUACAAUUCACUGAAUAGAUUAAGAUAAGAAUAGAUACAAAAUAAUAGAUAAAUAAAUCAACAUUCAUUCAUUGCACUCUCAGCCCCAGAUCGUCUUGAUGUCACGGUUACAACUACUCUUAUAAACAUGAUCAAACACACCAUUGCCAGUUGGUCUGAAGACUAUUACAGACCUGAUCCAUCGCCUGUGUCAGCGGUGGCUUCCACAGAGACCCCCAGCCUUCCCUCGAGCCGGAGUGACAGCAGACAUGACAGUCUGAAUCAAACCACAAGCACCGAAAGUCCUCUUAGCAGUCCGACAGUAAGUAGACCAGAGUCCAGCGCGUCCUUGUGGUCCACGGGAUCAGGAUUUCCUCGUCGGCGAUCACCCUUCGUUCCAUUUGUACUCAGAAAUCAGACAGGUUUGUUUAAUUUGGUUUUGUCUGUUGUUCAGAUACCUGUUUUGAAAUAGACUACUCUUUUUAGAAAGCUGAAAUAUUCGCUAUUCUAUCUUACUUAAUGUCUGGUUACUGAGCUCGAGAUUGAAGAGUGCUUUGUUUUUCUUUUAAGGGCAUACGUUUGCACCAACUUUUUGCAGGAAAUUUCCAAUCCCUUUUUUGUCUAGUGUGUGAACGAGGGACGACAAAGUGUUUGACUUGGUUUCAAAAUGUUUGGGAAGGCAGUUGUCGACCUUAACUGUUAACUAAAUACCCAUUACAUUACCAGGUGGCGGCCUCUCCGUGAAAUAGUGGGUCCCGCCUGUGUCCUGUCCUUUCGUGUUCACAGACUAAACAUAAAUGAAGUUAUCGAUCGCAAAAUGCGAGAUAAGUUUCUUUACUUAUUUUUCUGUCGUGAUCAAAAAAAGUUUUCUUUAUUUGUCUUUCCAAAACUUGUUUUACCUCGACUAGCCCAGUGGAUAGUCGUUCUGGAAUUUUUUCAGCCUAGACCCUUUUUUUAAUAGCCCUAGGCUAGUGGACUACCGCUAAUGUCGAGCACUGGAAGGUGUAUUGAAUUCUUGCGUGAUGUUUUUAGGAUGUGAGAUGUGGUUCAAGACAGUAACAACGACUCCAUCCAAAGUGAUCUUGAAAAGCACUGGGCAGGCUCUUCCUGGUUUACCAGGCCCCAGGUCAGAAAAAAUAUCUGACUGGAGUACAGUUUCCCCUGGGGGCGAGGCUCCCUUUGAGUUCACAUCAGGAGAAAAAUUGCGGCACAGAGUAAGUGGAUAUGUGAAUCAGAAAUUCUAUAAAAAAUUUACAAAAGAUGUUCAACAGGGGAAUUUUCCAUUUCCCCUUUUUUAGUGGCCUCUCUAUAACCUCCUGGAUAAAAAUUCUUGUACCCUUCCACCUGUCUUUUUUCGCUGUCGGGCUUUUCGACACAAACUAUGCAUCUUGGUAAGGUAGAAUGGUAAUGUGGGUGUACGUAACAAUAGUUUUGUCACUGAAUCUAUUAAGGUAGUACACGAGAUUAUUUACUCUUGGUUAGUAUAUGAUUACAUAUUAUCGAUUUGAAACAUGAAAUUGCGAAUUUAAGAUUUUGGGAAAGGUUAGAGAGAAAAAAGAGGACAAAUGCGUCGGAAAGCUUUUAUUGACAGUUGUAAGUGACAGAAUACAAAACUAAAGAGAAAGUCGCAACAGUAUGACUGAAACAGUUUCAAAUUUCCGUCUAAAUGUAUGGGAAGAACAAACAAGUUCCUCAACAAAGAUUACAGACUUGUGACUGCCUAACAUCUUACAACGUUAUUAGAGUUUGCUAUCAUAUCGCUCUUGUUCUGAACGCCUUAAAGAUUAGUAGCUUCACAUUAGAACAUCGUUUUAAAUAUGGAAGUUUUUAUUUAAGCAGAUGUUUUACGAUAUUUUCCCUAUGUUAGGAUACCCAUGAGUUCAACGUACAUCAGGUUAUUGUUCAAGUGGAGGGUUGGGCAUCACUCUCCCCAGUCUCUGUUGAUAGAGUCGGUACAUUCUUCAGACAAGCUCGACCUCAGGAGGUGGCCAAUAAAUCUCCGGUAAGACUAGCGUCUGCUCUGAAAUUAAUUUUGUUUUUCCUAUUUCGAAAAGUGAUGUGACCAAGUAAACAACAGAGGAAGCAUUUAGACACCAAUUUUUUUUUUUCUGUUAAGACUGCUGUAUUAAGAUACGGUGGGCUACGCCUUGGCCGAACGGCUAGCUUUGCCGGAAGGCUUGGGUUUGAGCGUAGGCCGGGUCAAUGUUCCACUCAGGAGUAAAACUGGGUACUAGAAAAUUGUUAGUGAAAUAUAAUUAAAUGGUGGUGAGGGACUGGUAAACCUCCGAUGAAUUAGAGUGGUAUUCAGGCGGGAAAUGUAAAUUUCUUGUAGGUUCAUCUCACGAAAACCAGGAAUAAGCCCUAAUUGGUAUGAGCCACUUGGCUUCGAGGACUACGUUAUUGCAGUUUUAAUUUAUUCCUGUUUUAUUUUUUGUUUGUUGUUGUAUAUUUGUUUAGGGAAGUGAUCUUCAGCCAGCACGGGUUGUAUUUGAUGUUAGUUUGGAAGGCAGAGCUCGAAAAGUAGUCACUGUUAGAUCUGCGCUGACGGUGAAGAAUAAAAUGGACUUACCCAUGGAGAUAAGAAUGCAAGGACUUACAUCUAUGCAGGGUUAGUUUGAUGAGCAGCUCCUCAUCUGUGUCCCAGUAUUGUUCAAUUUCUGUCACACCUUUUUCAAGAAGUACACUUUAAAAGCGUCUUUUGUGUUGCCGCUUGCCUUCUGGGCAGAGUCCAGGCUUCAUCAGAAGAUUAGAAGUUUAGGAAAAUGAACUACGCUUUUUAAAAGCAUGUUUCGACAGUUUUUCUGUCAUCUUCAGUUCAGAAUAAUACAAAGUACAAAGUUGAAUUUAAAGUGUAUAACAAAAUGCUGAUUGGACGAAACAAACAAUACUAACAGAACAAUGCAUGCAUUCACAAGAAGUUAAUUAAGAAAUUCUUAUCUUGAACGGCUUCGUCAUCAAUUUUGGUGAGGCAGUUUGAUCGAGAGGUCAGCUCAUCGAGCUCAGAUUCGGGGAUCCUAGUGCGGAUUUCGAUCUGACCACAGUUAGAUUUGUUUCUGAGUUGUCCUGAGUUCAUUUCCUCAACCACACUUAUAAAUAGUCAACUUAGUGGUCAGCCCUCAAACACUUUAGGCCGAUUAUUUACACGAGGUCGAACCGAAACCGCGGUUUUACGUAAGCAGUGGGCCUUACGUAUUCUCUAUGAGAUGGUUGUUUUCACUAAUAAAUGUACUUCCACUAUUAGCUUUUGGCCGUCUUGACGCUGUUCACAAAAUUAAAUUUUCAGGUAAAAGACUCAGUGAAAUUAAAGAUAUUUUAGAACGCGGUUUCGUCAAACCCUAAGCGCCCUUUGGGUUUCAGUCGAAUUAUUUAUUUCGACAAAUUUUGUGAGUUGCUUGUAAACCACUUUAGGUAGGCACGGAUAAUCCAAAUACAUACAAGUACAUUUUACAUUUUCGUUUCAUCUUAUUGAAUCAAUUUGAUUCGAAAUUCUUGCCUUUCAGGGACUCUAUCUCUUCCAGUCGUAUCUCCGGAGUCUUCAGUUGCGAUACCACUGCGCUGUACCUCUUGGCAGCUUUACCUCCGACCUAGCGGGAUGGGGGUGGGGUUUUGCUCCCAGCCAAUAGAAUGGAGAAGGGUAUUAAGGAGUCAUACUACGGAGGGAUGUGCACGGGAAUGUUAUGCUCUACCCUCCUCUGGCCAGCCUGAAAAGAAAUUCAGGUAACGGUGUUCUCAACAGCUUUCCUUCUCAAAUUUGGGUGCGUUGUGAUUAAAUGAAAUGCAAUGAACUUCACGUAACCAAAAAAAAGUUGGAUAUUUAAAAACGUUUUCUUUAAACUUGUCGGAUUAUCAAGUCUUUGUCGGCUUUUCCGUGUUUCUUAAGCGUGUCUUGAAUCGGUCUGGGAAUGCUACUUCGUCUCUUGAAUGGAAUGCAAGAUCAUUGCUAGAGCUCCCUUGAACCUAUUUCUGGUUAAAUUUCCAGAACUUUUUGCAGGUAUCUGCUUGAACUUCUUGUCAAAGAUAAGCUCCUUGAAGGGGAAAUGUCCCCUAAUCAAUUCGCUUACCAUUUGGACUAGGUAUUUUAAAGUGAUGCCGUUAUUUUGGUGUUUUAUUCAGAUGCUUAACGUGGUUCGAUUGCGAAUGACAAAAUGACUCAAAACCAGUGUUACUACUUUAGUUUGAGGUUGAAAAGUUAAUGGCUGAAAAAGUGACAUUUACUUCAGUUUUCUACUGAUUUCUUGUGAUCCUUCAGGUUCUGUGUGGCUGUUAAGAGAGAAGGCUAUCCAGAAGACAUUUUUCAUCACGAAGGCGCUCAAACAAGUGGUCUCAAUGUGAUGCCUCAACCGGGUCACACCCUGACAAUCAUGUACCCAGUGAUGCUAGUGAACCUUCUGCCGUGUGAGUUGAGCUACCAGGUCAAAAAUACACCCGCUAAAGGAAACCUGAAGGCUGGAAAGUCUGUUCCUUUGUACACUGUAAGUACAACCUGCCAGCUUUAAUGUUUUUAUGAUGAGUUAUGGACAAAAUCACGAUAUAUCUUAAAGAUCCCGUGAAACGAUUUUGAAAUUAAAUAUCCACUGAGUAGUGGUGUGGUGCGAAUCUAGCGCGGAAAAAGUACGCACUGGCAAGAAAUGUAAAUUAUAGCCAAACCAAUUGGAAGAGUUAAGUCUUGAAACAGGAAUGGUAUACGAAUCAAAAACUAAACUGAAUUAAGAUUUAAAACUAAACGAACCUGAACGUCAGUUAAUGUUCCUCAAGUCAGUUUUCUCUUUUAUCUUUCUUUUUUUUUCCCACGUGAACAGGCUGAUCCGGAGAAGGCUCUCGAUCUUGGCUUCAGCAUUGAAAACUUCACAUAUUGUGAUAACAUUCGAAUUUCAAGAAGAAUGAGCUUCAUUGAACAUCCAAUUAUUCAUGUGGAACUCCAGGACACCGAAAGAAGAUCUUUGAUACUAAAUGUCAAAGUUUCUGUAAAGCCUGGUGGAUCAUUAAAAGUAAGUGAUAAAAUGUCAAGCGAAAAUCCCUAAGUACAUGUUAACCCUUUAACUCCCGAGAUCUGAUUGUUAAUUCUCUCCUCUAGCUGCUACACAUUUCCUUGUAAAUAAGUCACGAGAUUUUGGUGUUUGAUCAAGACAACGACCUCUACCUGAUAAGUUUGAUUACUCUCAGUACCUGUUUGCUGGAUAAUGUACGGAUAUUGUAGGAAGAAGCGAUAGGUUAAUCACUGUGAAUUUAAGGGAUUAAAGUGUGUCAGGCUUCUAUUAACAGUUUCAGCGCUUGUUAAGGGGGCAGUAAGCGAUAAUGGGAAGCAUUUUAAGAUGAGCACCAUACCUUUGAUAUUUUAUUUUGCUAAAUAUUUCAGUUCCCACGUGCUUUUUGUUCGGACAAAUUAGGGGCCGUACUCCACUGCACUGCUGUAAAAUUUGAAUUUCUUUUUUCGUUAUUUUUUGCUAAAAUGUCUCUUAAUUUGUCCUUAGUUUUCUCAACUUUCUCAAUCAUGUCCCAAACUUGGCAGACAUACUGUUAAGAUAUAUUGAUAUAUCCGACUAACUGUUUCUUCACUACCGCUAACUUAGUACGUUCGAGGUAUUUAACUAACCUUUUUUUGUUUUGUUUAAUUGUCCCACAGGUUUCCAUUUAUGCUCCUUAUUGGAUGAUAAACAGCACAGGGAUCCCACUUGUGUUUAAGCAAGAGGGUGUUCCUCAUGACAUGGCUGGCCAGUUUAAAGAACACGAGAUGGCGCGGAGCUUGACUCCGUUGCUGUUUUCUUUCUCUGACAGAGAGGCGGCCACAAGGUAUGUUUGGAAACCUGUUAGAAAUGUAACUUCCUAUUGAUUAGGGUUCUCUCACGCUGAUUAACCAUCGGGUCCUCUUGGUUUUUUUCCUUUUCGGUUAAAUUCUUUAAAUAGUAAUUUACCACGAACUUAGUUUGUUUUUUUAGCACAUAACACUGUCGAGUAGAUGGAAAAGAGUAUCACUUUGUUUUGGUUCUUUCCUUUUUUCUUCAGCAAAUAUUUGUAUGUGACUAAUUUUGUUCGUUCUGAGUCCUCCUUUGUUGUUAUUAACAGGUGUAUUUCAGAAAAAGAAAACUUGGUUAUUAUAAUAUGCCUUUGGCAAUGUGGAUUCUCUCUGCCUAAAAGUUCCUUGUAUUUUCUCAACAGAUGUCAAAUGAGGAUUGGCAAGGGCUAUCAGCCUGGAAGCGGGAAACCUUUAUGGUACGUAAUGGGCUCUCAGCACGAUACAGCCUCUCCUUUAUCUCUUUGAUGUUGUCUUUUAAGUCACUAUUACGUGUAUUUUCGACUAUCGUUUCCUGCUUCCUGCAACUUUGUCUUCUCUGCAGGAGUAAUUCCUUUUCGCUGGACAAUUCACGAGAAUUUAGACGCGUUCACGCCAUUCAAGGUGGAAGCCGGCCUAACAAGUAAGUCAGUUGGAAUAUUUGUCAACAAUUUUUUUACAGUGUCAUUGACUGAGAAACAGAAAUACAGUUCAGAAAUGUGGGGACAAUCUGCUGGAAUAUGUAUGUAGAUUUGGAAUUUCUCUGAGUUUUAGUUCCUGAAUGGGCUUUGAAAUGGUUGUGUUAUUACUUUGUCUUUCCUUUUUUUAUGAUGUGUUCGGCACUUGAAUUUGAUUUUCAAAUAAAAAAUUAAGCUUGCUUUACCAGUGAACUAACUGCAGUGUUUUGCCAUGGUUGGUAAAGUUACUCUUACACUCUUUUUCGCGAUUGUGAAUAAAUGCGAAGUUGAAAUUUAAAAAUUUCUGAAAUAGAUCAAGUAUGAAUCAAUUUAUGACAAUAAAAUAAAGUCAUUUCUAAACGACAGAGUAUAUUCACUUUAACCUCUUUACAAACUUUAAGAAAGACUUAAAGUAUGAAAACUAAUCUUUAAUAAUCUUAAUCGCUUGGCCCAAUGUAAAUAGCGCUUGAUAAAACAAGGGUACUUUAAUCGAUACAGCGAUUAUAGUCUGUGUCUGUUGCUAUGAUUGAAGCAUGGUUUGCCUCUAAAUGUACCAUUCUAUAUCGAAAGAAAUAAAUUUGAAUUUUUGUUCUGGUUAUUCACAUGAUUGUCAUUUAAACCAUAAAAGUUGUUACAGGAAUUAAGAAACAUUCCAUGUGAGUAUUAACAUAGUGGCAUGCAUAUAGACACCAUCAUCUCUCUCGUCACGAUAGCCGUCAAUUAUGGUUGUCUUAGAAACCACUUAGAGCUCUUGUCACAUUAAAUCCUUGCAUUACAGAACGAAAAAGAAAGGAAAAGCCGUAACUCCGCCUCCCGCGUCCGCAUGCAAAGUGUCCAGCAGCGCUGUGAGCCGUCAGUUGGAGUUACAUGUGCAAGGCGCGUGCUUGUUUCGCGCAAACCUCCCUUGCGAAUCCGUGUGCCUAGUCACUUCUAAAAAAUGGUAACGUAAUGCUGCGCUAUUGAUUGGUUAAAGAAUUGAUUGGUCAUUUUCCCAUCGAAACCUCUUAAGUCAAAUCGUCAAUGACUAUGCUAAAUAAGUUUUGAGAAAGUCGUUCUUCGAAUUUCUUGGGUGAAUUUCCUGUUGAACACUUUAAUAUCUUUGUUCUUAAUCAGUGGAAGAAGAACUAGAAAAUGAAAUUAUGAACAGGGAUAUUUAUAAUCAAUCAAUUAUGAUGAAACAUGAAUAAGAAAUCAGUGAACAUUGAUUUGUAGUUUCUAUGAGGCGUCUUCGGUAUCUGAAGCAGAAAAUGAAUGUCAUUUGAGAUCCUCUGGAAAUCAAGAUGUAUGGGACUGAAUUGAUCAAUAAAUUAAUUAAAGAAAUGGGCGACUAAAUAUCUAAUUAUUUAAGAUGAAUUAAUGAAUUUAUGGACAAUGAAUAAAUAAUAUUUAGGCAGGAGACUAACUACCUAAAUUAGUACUUAAAUUAAUCAGUCAAUAAACGGAUAUAAACAAACAAAUAAAUAGGUAAAUGAAUAAAUGAAUUAAGAGAUAAAACUCUAAACAGAUAAAUAUAUAAAUAAAAGCAGAAUUGUCAAUAUUUCAUUUUUUUCUGCCAAAAGGCGCUUAUGAAUUGGGAAUUGUUCUAUAACCGAUUGCAUAUUUUUUCAUGUAUGCCAUCAUAGUGGGAGGGAUAAUUGAUACCGUCAGGAAACUAAACUAAUCGGUACCAUGACGUCAGAUACGUUUCUGAGAUGUGCAGUACUUUUCAUAUUUACGAUCAGCCUUCAUCUCUUUAUCGCGUCACACCUGAUGUGGAGUCUUCGUUUAGUGUGUAUCGACUGGAACACAAACCUUCUUGAUUCUAUUUCUUUGACCCUGCCAACGUAGUGGCGAUCCUUAGUUCUUACCAGGAACACUGGUCAGGGGAUGCAGUCAGCUUUGUUUCCUCGAGACCGUGAAGAUAUAACACCAUUUAUUACCAAAAACACCAAUGAAACAAAAGAAUCUUCCGGUUUCUGAAAAGUCAAAACAGGCUAUUUCUUCUUUAGCAACAAUGCUAAUUUUAUUUUAAAACAUCUUUAAUGUCAGACAAAAAAAAAACUGUUUUGCAUAGAUAUUGCUUUAUGUUUAUAUUUGAUGUUAAAAUAACAUCUUAGCACGCUGGGUUCACGGGCAGUUGAACUCAAUGUUUGGUGCUAUUGUGACGAGUUUUUAAAUCAUUUUAAUUCGUAUUCUUCGAUUAUACCCAUGUGAUGAACAUAAUAUCGCAUGUCUGAUUGUGGAUACGAAUUCAUCUCAUUCUGAACAUAUCUUCCAGUCGAAGAUGAAACUCGUAUCUACACUCAGUCAUUUGAUAUCCUCUAUUUACCUCCUUGAAUUAUUAUGAUUUAUUUGCAUUUAUUAUGUUUUUAUUAAUUAUUUAACUAUUAAUUUCUUCUACCCUUGAUCAGUGUGUCUGAACUUGUAAGACUUUUGAAGACGAGUUAAAAUAGAUACUAAACAAAGGCGAAAACAAAGCGAGUUAAUACAGUAAACUAAACAAAGCAUAGAUGAGCAUUGAUAAUUAAAAUGCUCGGAUCCGGAAGGUCUUGUCAAAGCAACCUAUCAACGUACGUUAAAUACGCGCCAUGCCGUUGUUUUCAGGGUGUACGAUAUUGGUAUUGAUGUGCGUUUUGGCCAAGGGCGAUAUCGUGAUACAAGAAUUGUUACCCUUGCUACUCGAUAUCAGCUGGAAAACAGGACUCAUCAUACUCUAGCUUUUUCACAGAGACACUUCGUAAGGGAACAGGUAUACAAAUUUUUGUUCCUUUGGAAAUUACUUGAUCUCUACUCAUUAAGGUUGCUUAAUUGUUUUCAAAAUGACGUUGUCCAUAUUCGUAUUUGUGUUCCAUUUGAAGGCAACUUUUGAACGGCAAGGUUACUUUUUGGAAAAAAGGGGUUAGUUCCUCAAGAAACUGUGGUGCUGAGUCGGUGGGAGGUUUAACAAGAUAACUGGUUUUACUAACUGAGUUGAUAGUAAAGAUUGGCCAACGUAAAGAGUUUCUAAAGCUGACGUUUCGAGCGUAAGCUCCUCGUCAGUUUAAAGAGGGGCUAACGGAGCCUUUAACAUUAUCGACUCAGCUGAUAUCACUAAAUUAUAUACCUUUUAGGAAGUUUGGAGGUUAUCUUAAAACUCAGUCUCUGGAAAGUGCGUUUCCCUUAAUGAUAAGCUAUUUAUCUGCUCUACUGUAAGAGGAAAAACAUCCAAAUUCUCUCUUUUUGUUUUGUCUGCUCUUUAGGGAACAACCAACCCAGAGGGAACACUCACUGCCAUGCCAGGGGCCCUGGUGCUUUUCCAUUGGCCCAGAACAGACUUAGACCAACUUUUGUGUAUCAGGUAAAGGACCUUGUACUUUGGCUCUUUAUUUGGACCCUUUUUGUUUGUGUUUUUCUCCACGCGAGUACCUGAUACUAUUGCUUGGACAGCACGUGGCACAACCAGCUGUUUUUGUCCGCAACAGAUUUCUAAUCAAGGUUUUAUUUCAGGUUAAAUGAUGUUUCUCACUGCAAGUGGUCUGGUGGCUUCAGGAUCGAUCAGGAUGAUUCUUUUCAUAUUAACAUGAGGUAUAUGCAAUUCUAUCUUAUGCAGUAGAUUAGGAAAUAAGUGAAUUGCAAGACCAUCUUUCUUUUUGUUGUGUCUGUCCGUCAGUCAGUCAGUCUAUCUGUCUGUAGGUUUGUCUGUUUGUGUGUUUAGCCGUCUAUCUACCUGCCUGGUUGCCUGUCUGUCUGUCUGUCUGUCUGAACGUUUGUCUGUUUGUGUGUUUAGCCGUCUAUCUGCCUUCCUGGUUGCCUGUUUCCCUCUCUGUGUCUUUUGAGCUCUUGAGUUAACAGAGUACAUAGUAACCUUGUGUUCACUAUACUUCUAUGUGUCAUAAGUUACGCCUCACCUCGUAAUGCAUGUAUUGGGAUAUUGGUUCAAAGUAGCUUGUACAAUAACAGAAAAUCAUCAGCAAGCUGCUAGGAAAAUGCAGGUAUUACUUAGAGCAUGAUGAUAAAUUUAUUUUUUUCUGCAGGAGUUUGAAUGAUUGUUCGUUGUUUGUGAGAGUGGAGGUGGUGCUUAGAGGAGCAACAUUUCACGUUCUGUUCACUGAUGCCUCCCAGCUUCCCCCGCCGUUCAGGAUUGACAACCUAUCAGAGGUUUGUUUUGUUUAGUGGUUAUUCGUGAAGAUGACCUAUGCAUAUUCUCCUUACUGGCCUGACGAAUUUGUUUAACAAUCAAAAGCUUCUUUAGUUGGAUCAUUUCCUUUAGGAAAAAAGUCGAUGAAAGAAAUUAGGUUUUCGCUUUUUGUGGGUUAAAGGGUUUGUUUUCAUUGUGGUAGGAAAAAAGGUAUUUUCGCUUGUUUUUCAGGUGUCAAUCACUUUCUAUCAGUGUGGAACUGAAGACAGAACAAGAACCAUUCUUCAAGCAAAACAAUCAGGUAUUGUUUGAGCACUGAGACUCUUUGAAGUUGCUGGGUUCGUUACAAGAGACUUGAAUUCUUAACUUGUAGGCGGGUUGAGCUAUUUUUCAAGUUCGCUUGCGACAAGAGAUCUCAUUCGCUUCCCGAUGAGUCUUCUGUAGCUUAGUGAAUUUCUCCCUUGGGAGGUCCUUUGUGUGGCUCAGAUUUUUUUCUCUCCCACACUCGUGACAAAUAGAUAACAUUUUUCUUUAUUGGACGACCAAACCUAAACAUUGCCAUCUAUCCCAACUUUUCUCUCUAAGGCACCUAGAGUAAGCUUUUUCAAACUACCACUGAUGGAAAGAGAGCUCUUGCACUCAAUACUUUUGGAUCAUUAGCUAGGACUGUACCGCACCUCAGAGAAGACCUUGAAUUUUGUCUUGCUGGUGCUAUUUCAGUCACAUACCAGAGCGAGAGCAAAUAUAUUUUUACAUUUGUCUUAGCUAAUAUAAACAAAUUGUCAAUUGAAAAUUGCAGAUUUGUUUUCGAUUUUGCCCGUUACCGUAUGCUACUUUCGAAAUUGUUCGUACUCCCUAUAUGACUGAUUUUUUCUAUUUUUAUAUUUCUAAAUGAAGUUCCCUACUCAUGGGAUGAACCCACUCUGUUACCUGAGCUGUCUGUUGGGGUGAUGGGAGGUGGAUCUUUCGCUCGCUAUCAAAUGAAUGAGCUUGGAGGAGGCGACCGGCUCUACUAUUACAAUCCCAUAUACGUCGUACUUACACACACAUUUUCCAGGUAAAGUUCAGUUUAAGUUAGUUCAUUUAAGUUUUUCAGUGUUCUGUCGGUGUGGAAAAAAGAAGGCGCUUUGCCUCUCUACUGCUUUUUCAUUCUGGCAGUGUCAUGUCAUGCAUAGCUCCCUCCUUCGUGCUCAAGGUAGUUGCAGACGUUUCAAUCUGAAGUGAGAGUCGCUAUGCGUUUAAGUUAAGUUUACUGAUUGUUUUAUUGAAUAGUUAUUAGUGCUUUGGAUAUUCAGGCAUCAGGAACUUUGCAAAUUGAUGAAACAGUGAUAAAAAUUAUGGCAUUUCAAGAUAAAAAUUCUAGUGACUGUUGGAUCAUUGUGUCAACGAUAUUCUUUACAUGCAAACUCAGCAAUGAAAAUAGUGAAAAUGUUUGCUUUUAUUAACACUCAUCAAUCCUUUAAAACUCAUGGGUGCCAAGCAGAAUUUCUCCUUACAAAAUCAAUACAAUAUCAAGGAGAAAAGUGUUGAGAAUAAAUAACAGUAUUGAUUAGGGGAUUAUUAGUUGAUUCAGUGCCAAAUUCUCUGAAGCAACAUUUUGAGAACUGUAUGACAGGCAGUAAGGAGAACUGAUAAAGGGAACUUGGAAGGAGAAGGGUUAAGAGGUGCCCUGGUAAAACUCUCUUCCGACAAGGAUUCAUUUAAUUUUCAUUCUUAUUCUCCUUUGUGAAAUGAUCUUUCAGUGCUGAUGGACACAUGUGUGGCUCAGUUCACCUCCAACCUGCUUUAGCUGCAGAUGAAUCGUCUCUUGAUAUGAGGGAGCUUGUUUUAGAUGUACCUCAGGGAUCAGCGGUGUUGCUCAGAAGAAAGGUUCGAAUAAGAAAAAAAAAGAUAAAGACAAAACUUUUUUGCCCCUACUAAAAUGGCGUCAGGGCGUAGGCCACUUUAAGAAUUAAACUGAAAGAUAUCUUUGUAAUUUUACCAAGCGUGGCGGUGGAGGGCUGAGGAUAGACAGAAAAAACCGAUGGUGCUUAUGACUCGUCGCCUUUGAUAUGAUUAAAAAAAGAUGGUAGAACGUGUGUUGGAAUUAUCUGGAUGAUUUUUGUGCUUAUCACGCUUGAGAGUAAAAGAACUGACACAGGCUGCCUAUUCUAACGGCGUUUUGCUCGUCUCAGGAACCUCACAAAAGAUCCCAACUUUGGCGACUGACUGGCCAGGGUCAAUUACGUCAUGAAGGCUCCUCCACUCCUUCUGCGAAGCCGUCUUCGUCUAAUAGAGGAUUAGUCCUGGAUAUUGACAGCUUGGCUCCACCCACUUGUGGCAAGUACGUGCGACUCGUGUUGAGUAAAUAUAACCAAAGGCGGCUGCAUUCACAGACGUGGUCCUUCACAGAGGUAACGGGAACACUUUAACUGAGGUCGCAAAUUAAUGUCUGCUAAGCUACGAAAGAGUUACUCAAUGAUCUGCCACAUAAAAAUCGUUCAAUUGAUACCAUAUACUUCGACAAGCAAUUUUCGGAAUUCUAUCAGCAGUCUAAUGCCCUUCGCCUUAAUGUUCUAUGGUUUCUUUAAGUCGUAAAUGCGUUUGUUAUCAUAAUUCUUCACCUCGUUUUUGAUGGGAGACUUCUCUUAGUUUAACACAAAGAAUAAAGAGUGUAAUUUGGAAGGGUUUUUUCUCAUCCCUCGUUGUCACUUCUAAUCUUCAUUUGAAUUUUGUUCUUGUUGUUGUUAGGAUAAUCGCAUGAAAUGUGAUCUUCCUGGACUUUAUGUACAGCCAAGAGGUGGCGUUAAAGGAUUAAGAGAUGGUAAGAAAAUUAGGCAAAUGCUGUAUAAUGUUCAUAAACCUUCAAUACUGCUUGAACAGCUUAAACAUACUGCAGGCGGAGUGAUUAAUUUGAAGACGGGGACCGUAUUGGAGAGGUGCGAGGGCUCCUUGAAAUGUCGUACAAAACCAAAAUAUUAGUAAUUUUUCUUCAUCUCAGCUGUCGCCCAGGUUAAAUGAAUACCGGAUUUAGCACACAUCUCUUUAAGAAAAUUCAGAGGUAGAUCAUCGGAUUGCGAAAUCGUAGACCCGGGAUUCGAUCCCUUGUGGGGGCGCUAUACUUUCUCUUGGUCCCGCACUCGUCACCAAAAGAGUGACAAUUUUCUUGAAAUAGCGAUGUAUUUGUUUUUCUAGGUGUAGAUGCAGUGCUUGGUCCUGCCAACAUUACUAAAAAUGAUCAGAUUCCUAUCGAACAGUGCAUCAGCACGUGUAAACUAAGGCCUGGCUCAGGCUGCCUUGGAGUAAAGGUUCUGGCAGAUGGUCCAACACGAGUGUUGCAGAUCACUGACUGUUUACAGCUGGUGAGACCUGUUAGGAAACGUACCUUUUAAACUGUCAGUGAGCGAAAGGUCCACUUUAAAAGCGUGAAAUUCAGGAAAUCUUCAUCAGAGGCAUUGAAAGCUAACAAGUCGUACUGGAGCAUCUUGCUUCUGGUGACGCAUAACUAAUCGGUCUCAUUUCUUGAUUGAAGACCAACCCAUUUUUGCCAAAAGACAGUUUGUAGAAGCUCAUAGUCUUAUUUGAAAACUUGUCAAGUAUUCUUGUGCUAGGAACAUGCCCCUUUUACAGGCUGUCGUAAUUUGCGUGAGUUAGGGGUAUAUCUGAGCUUUUAAUGAGUGGGUUGAAAGCCUGCAAACCCGGCGCUUUCAACGCAUUCGCCUCCGUUAGAACGAGGGCUCGUUAACGCUGUGCUGAUUGGGUCAAUGAAAAUUGCAGCUGAACUCGAAGCUGCAAAUAGAAAGAGUCUUUGGCAGCUGCCGUGUCUUAAGGCUGAAAAAAUAGUUGAAUUUGAGAAAGCGGCUGAUGUUUUCACCAACGUUUGAUCUGAUGUUCCGUCGUCAGUUAAAUUCCAAGGAUACUUUCUGUGCUCGCGAUGAGAAGCCUUGUAAAUGGAAAACUGAAAGCCGAUCGUUCGUCUCAUUGAUAUAGUGGGAAGAAAUUGUUCAUUAACUUUUGCAGUGUGUCUACUUUGAUUUUGAUGCUUUGUUCGAAACUGAUGUGAAAUAUUUUGAAUGCGAUAUUUGAUUAGUCUGAAGACGAAGCCGAGAAGGAAUGGAUGCUAGUCGAACGGAAAGGCGGUUUGAGGCAACCAACUGUGAGUAGCCUGGGUAAUGAGGGGGAUUGCUCAGCUCUUGAAGUACACAUUCGCUUAGCUGGAGGGAUUGGUGUGUCUGUCAUUAACUCUGUGCCAGAGGAACUGGUGUUCAUAAAUCUGGAACAAAUCGAGGUAAUUUACGACUGCACAAUAAUACUUUUUUAGUUUUUCGACUGCACAAUAGAAUUCACUAUUGCACAAUAUUACUUCGUUACUUUUGAAUGGUUACGUUCAGUUUAAGAAAACAAAUCAUCUGAAUUGAAUGCGUAAUUUUACCAACGACAGUUGUAUAUUACUGAUAGUCUUCUGUGUAUUGUUAUCGUCAGAUUUAGCUCAUAUCCAGAUUAAUUUUAAUCAAACCUACCAAAUCAAGAUUACUUCUAUUUGUCAACCAUUAACGCUCGAACUCCGAGCGGCAUUGGGAGCUAAAAUCUGAAGUUUGGCUGGAACAUUUAGAAAUUAAAAAAACACCGAGCAAGUGCAUUAUUUAAGAAAAAGGCCGUCAAAUCACGUUGUUCAAUCGAUCGAUCGCGUUCAUAAUUUUCGUCUUCAGGUGGACUACUUAAGAAGCUCAAAGCUGGAAACACUCGAAGGCAGUAUUGGACGUAUUCAGGUGUGUGUUGUAUGUAUCGCACAUCGAAAUAAUACCCUAUCCAAACUUAAAAUCGUUAUUACGGGAAUAUAUGCGGUACCUUUUUAUAGCAAUCUGUCAUUACUUGCUUUUGAGUCGUGGCAGUGCUUAAACCUGCGCAUUUUCCACUUUUGCGGCAAAGGAUCAAAUAGUUAUAUGUUUGUUGGGAGAGUUACCUCGUGUGCCUGUAUUGUGUCACAUGCAAGUUUCUUUUUCUGUAAAAUGGAGUGCGCUGGAAGGCGGGGGAAACAGUGAAAUAAUAUAUAGAUUGAAAUACCAGUGUUAAUAGUUCAAAAACCAGAAGGGUUGAGAAAGUUAGGAAGACAAAAAAUCAAUUUAAACAUAAGAGAGUUGAAAUCUUUAACAUGCUGGUUGAGAUGCAAACCAUUUGGCUUUUCUCAUGCAUAGACUGAGACUCGAAUUAGGGGUUUCGUUAUUCUUUGCCUCGCGCAGAAUGAAUUUACUCUUUAUUUACACGACGACAGAGCUCAAAAUAGACCAUAUUUGUAAUUUAUUUUAUUAAAAUCACUUAAUCUUUCAUCCAUACCAUCCAUUUUCAUUUAAAGAUUGACAAUCAAGUGUUCGCCAGUCAGCUUCCAGUUCUUCUCUUCCCUUCCUUCCCUGAAAAAGGCUCUAAAGAAGAGACCUUUGCAAAACAGCCUUCACUCCGUGUAUCAGCAUCCAAAGAACCCAGCAGACUUCCAAAUGUGGAAAUAUUCAAGGUCAGUAAUUCAAGGAUAAAGUGAUUGUGAGGACGAAAUAGAGUUCCACUGGUGCGUCAGUUUCUGUCUCUGCAGUGUUUUUGCUAUAAUUAAAAAAUUUAAGCAACAUUCAGCCGUGCACCUCUGUGUGAAAGCAAAUAUUUUACUUGUUUAAUAAUGAGUACAAUCGUUUACAAUUUUGAUGCAUGUUUCAGUGUGACAUGAAUCUGCGUCAGGUGCACUGAUUGGCUGCAAAACCGAUUGAACUAUCAGUAAAUUAAUCUAAUUAAUUUUGUAUUUAUUUAUUUAUUUGGUUGAUUACUGCUACGUAAUCAUUGCAGACACUGGAUAUAUCACUGCGUAAGAUGACUCUUCAGAUCGAGGAAUUGUUGCUGUUAAAGCUUCUGCAGUUCUUUGGAUAUGUACAACAAGAUGAUGACAUUGUUGGUGCAAACCACGAGGAAGACGAGUGUCUUUAUGCCACACAAAGGUUUCCAAGCAUUUGCGUUGAGUUUUAUUCAUUGAAGCCGCUAAGCUACUAUACGUGUUUUUGUUUUACAAACGUAACUGUUGUUUUUGAAUCACGAAUUGAUUAAGCAAUUUAAUCUGGUACGAGGAUUCUCUCGAGUCUUUGAAAUUACCCAAUAUGGAUAAUUUGUAACCACACUCACGAACACACUUUUUUUGGGACACUUGCGCCUCCCGGCUCCUCUCGUGUUGGUUUCCAAGAUACAUUAAACAUAGUGGGAAUUUACAGCAUUGAAAGGGGAAGAGAGGCAGGGGAACAUCGCAAGUUGUGUUCCAAAGCGGUGUCUUAACUUAUUAGAUCUGAAAGUGUAGGUCGGGUCGUUACUAAACAAAGUGUUGAAAGUGAAUUUUGCAUCGGUAGGCCGACAUUGCCAAGUUCAUCUGGUUCCUCAAAGAGGUAUUACUUUGAGCAUCUUCAGCUAAACUCCACCCAAAUAAAGCUGUCUGUAUACAGUACUGGAAGGCUUCCUGAGGAUCUUCAGAGCCUGAAGAGUAGUCUGGGGCUGAUGCUGGUGAACUUAGAGGAUGCUACAGUUGACUUAGGUUGGUGUGCAUGUACCUACAAAGGAAACUAAUCUUCUGUUCGGUUUAAUUUUUUCAAGGUGAAUUUUACUUUACACCCUCACAGUAGUAUUCAUAUUCUCCACACUGAUCUCUGUACAUUUCUUGCGGUAAUGACAAGGAUGAUUUUUUUGACAAUCGGGAGCUUCUUAAAUUAGAGAUCAUUUCCUUUGUUCUCUUGACAUUUAUACUAGAUCCUAGGUUGAUACUGUAAUGAGAUAUUAGAUGCCAAUCACUCUUUGGGGUUAGGGGUUAAACAGUUUGCCAAUGAUAAACGGCUUUUUGGCUUUGGCUCCAUUUUCCAUGAGGAGAAUAAUUAUUUUAGUAAUGAUAUCCAAGCUAUUAUCAUGAACACUGAAUUCUUUCUUCUGCAUGAGUAUUGUAAUCUCCAGAGUACUUUACUGCUCUACCAUAGAGCCCACCGGCAUUGUAGACCUAAUUAUUACUGUUUGAUUUUAGAAUCUUUUUCUCGGUCUCAUCCGUUUGACACCCUGUCUUCUCAUCUGGACUCCAUCGGCAAACAUUAUACUGAGGUAGGUAUUGCAAACGGUCCAGUCUUUCUCGUAAAUUUCGUUGAGCGACUUUGCUCAAUCAACUCUUUAUGUUGAUGUGUUUUUCCCGAAUGAUUUUCUCAUUAUUCAUACCCGGCGUUGUGACUAGCAUGUAUCUGUUACGAGUUCGAUGUUUUGGUGAAGGCGACAUAACAGCGACAUUACAUCCUGACUUACAACAAUAUGAAUCAUGAAUGGAUCCCAGGACGUAGAAAAGUCAGCAUAUUUAAACAUAAUAGGUGACAAACUCUAAAACAAUGUACAAGACAAACGGGACCUGAACCAUAGAAUAACGAAACUACAGCUUAAGGGAUUACAAAUAUUUCGCUCAAAAUACUAAGAAACAAACACAACAACACAAAUUAGAAGAACCGGUGCAAUUUUACGUAACAGUAUCUAACUACCAUUCUGAAUAUGAACUGCUUGUGCGUACUCAAACAGAAUUAAAUUUCUGGUGCAGAUUUUUUAAGGCGAGAAACCCGUCUACCUAGUUAAAAAUUUUAAAAUUCAUAUUUAGAGAUGUUGGCAAGAUUUAAGCAUUGAGACAUCGUGAGAGUUCUGCGGGCUGCUUCCUAAAAGUGUUGUUGAGAAGAGAAGAAAAAGAGGAUAGAAAUGCUGAUGAAUCAUUUGUUUUUGUGUCUCUUUUGAUUGCCUGUAGGAAGUUCUCAGUCAGAAAAUAGCUAUCGUGGGUUCAGUCGAUAUGCUCGGUAAUCCCAUGGGACUACUCAAUGAUGUGUCAUCUGGCCUGGAGGGACUGGUCAGGAGAGGCAAUGUCGGAGGGUUAUUUAUAAACGUGGCUCACGGAGUCUCUGACUCGGCAGCCAAGGUAAAUACGACCAGCCGUCAAGAGGUUACGCUGUGUCGUUACAUACACCUAAAUAUCCCCAUCUUCAGGAACCCCUUCAGAAUUAGCCGCCAUUAGCUCUGUACGGUUUUUUUUUGUUCCUUUUUAUGUGAGAUAACCAUCCUUCUAUUUAGCGCCCGUAUUGAGAAUUGGAAAGCAUUUGGGAAUUUUAUCGGCUUUAUUUCCACGGUUGUGAAAAAUUUGAAUUAUGAACAUGCUAAGGGUUACAUUGAAAAGCCUCGUUCCUCCGCAGACACGUUACGCUUGAUCGAGAUAUGACAAUAACAAUACUUUGAAACCACAGAUACUUUAAAAGAUACCAUUUUUUAAGCUAACUGAAUCGAUAGAAUAACAAAGCUAUACUGUCCCUGAUAAUGACACUUCGCAGUUUCCUUCGCAGUAUCCUGUGGAGAUUGUGCUUUUUUCACCUCUUGUCGUGACAAGGUUCCUCUAAAGUAAAAGUUAAGUAGUCCUUCAUGCGCUUUUCAAGGUGUAAACUGAUUUUGUGUUUCUGCAGCUCACUGGUUCUCUGUCUGAUGGUUUGUGGAACGCUUCCAUGGACAGUAAAUUCCAGGAGAGCCGUGACGCAAUGCGGGCCGAGAGGUUUAGCAGCUCCAAAGAUCACUUUGUAGCUGGCGUAAAGGGCCUGGGGAUGGGUAUUGUUGGUGGACUUACAAGUAUUGUAACACAGCCAAUAGAGGGAGCACAUAACGCAGGACUCUCAGUAAGUUUACCUACACUUCUGGUCGUGUGUUGCUCCGUCAGUAAACAAUUUGGACCCAAAGUUCAGUACUUAUACGUAGAAGAGGACUCGUGCUAUUUGUAAUUCUUUAUAGAGAGGAAGGGGAAGAUGAAACGUUUAGAACGGUGAAACACAUGACUUAAGGACGAGGAAACAACCGAGGCGGUAGCUUCGGGAGGAUGAAUUUCGUUGUUAGAAGAUUUUGCUUGACAUUCUGUCCUUUUGGUCGAUUGCUCAAUGAACAAAUGGCCAGUGUAUGAAGUGUUACCACGCUUUUACUCAAGAUACAAUGUAAUUUCUGCCAUUUUCAGCAAAUUCGUGUAAAUUUAUUGUUUUGCAUUAUCUGCUCCAGGUUGAAUUAUUUCAGUGUAGAGACUUUUUCGCAUAACCUCUUCAUUGCAACAUACACUUAAUCGAUGAAAACGGAUACGAAUUGAUUUCUAUGUUCAAGUAUGUCGCUAAUCCUUUACGUGGUGUUCCGUUGGUGGUUUGGUAAAUGAGCAACUAGCGAUUAAUCAUCGUGUCGACUUACACGUGCAGUGCUGUGAGAUUUUUUUAUAUUCCAUUUUAGCGAAUGCAAGUAGUUUUCAGGUAUGGACUUUGAAUGAUGAAUAAAUCUUAGCCUUUUGUUUUCUUAGGGUUUUAUAUCUGGUAUUGGUAAAGGCAUUGUCGGAACAGUUACCAAACCAACCGCUGGAGUUCUGGACUUUGCAUCUGGUGCUGCAGCGGCCGUCCGAGGACAAGCGACGCGUAGCUCCAGAUAUUUCCCGCCAAAACAAGCGCGCUUACGUAGGAAUUGUUUUGGACCAAGUGGUGCUAUCCCACGGUUCUCCAGGACGCACGCUGAAGGCCAAGAAAUCAUGUUGAAAUUAAAUGAAGGCAACUUCAACGAAAAGUAAGGAGUUUUCAUUGACUUAACAGAUUGAAAAAGGUCAAGUUUGAAAGUUGAUUUGUUCCAAUGUCGUAAAUUGCGAAGUUCUAUACGAGGUUAACUGCAGCUGUUUUAGAAUUAAAUGUCUUUCAAUCCUAUAUUUGUCCCCACCUUCGAAACCUAGAAACUUAGAUAAAGAUUUAAAACCAGAAAUGACUUUUUGGAAACUGAGGUAACUUAGCGGGUCUUGUUUCCUCAGGUUUGUGUUAUCGGAGUCUGUUAGACGCGAUAAGGAAGACCGCCUUAAAGCUAUUGUCAGUACAGAGGCAGUGUACUUUGUGCGAGCCCGUGGGAUCCCCUCACCGGAGGCUAUUGUUCUUCUAGUGCGGUUUUCCGACCUUUUUGUUUGCCAACCUAUUGCGAGUGGUAAGUAAUUCUCGAAGUGGAAAUGAUGGGUGGGGUAGAAGGGAAAGGGACUCGAGCAACUCGUACCAAGCAGUGGAAAGGUUAUCAGUUAUCUUAAUGGCCGCUAUUGGCGUUUGACGUUAUUGCAUUUAAGAUUUGUUUACGUGAGGUCUGAAAGAAGAGUAGGCAUGGCCUAAAGGUUUAGAGUGCUGGAUUUGGAAGUCUGGAAGUCGCAUUUCGAAAUGUUUUUCUCUGACACUCGAUAGGCCCUUCCCGUAUUCUAAACGGCUUCGCUUUCAAAACGAGGUCAAGUGAAACGCUGGUCUUGUGAUUAUUAGUUUUGUUUGCAUGAUGAAAACGGUUGAUUUUCAUUACAGAAAGUUUUUUAUAUCAUUUUCAUCUCGGGAAUAGAUUUGUUCUUCGUUAGUGUCGAGUUCAGAUAAUCGAUGUUUUGUGAAUGACCAACUGGUUUGCCUCCUAUUAGUCGAGAUUUUAAACUAUUGAGGUUACAUCUCAUUUCUCUAGGUAUCUGCAAUGCCUCACCGUGCAUAGGGAUACCGAAAACAUCGAGAUUUAAUUAAAGUUUUCCUUUCACAUUAUUUGGGUUAAUGUAACAAUUCUUUUGUAAGAUUCGUGUAGCUGAUGAGUUAACAACACCAACCGCAAUAGCACUUGUCAAACGCGAAUUUUUACCUCUGAAAUUUCUUUGACUCUAAGCAAAAGACUGUGUCUGAAAUUUUCAUUUUUAGACGGUAAGGAUUACAUCGAGCUUGUCAUGAAGGCGGAUAAUAGCAGUAUGCCAACACCAUCCAAGAACCCCGGCAAAAGACCAAGAGUUAGAUGUGAUGAAAAUGUUAUCUCUCAGAAGGUUUGUAAAAUUUGAAUUUACAUCGAUUCGCGCCACCACAAAUUCCUCCGGGGAAGGGGCAGGGGGUUUUGUCCAUAAAGGGGUUCGUAGGUCACUUUUAAGUACAUCUUUGCAAUUCAAGUUGUGCGCGCUUCUCUGAAGUUCGUAAGUCGCGCACCUCAGACAUCUUCUUCAGCCACUUGACUUUGCCUAAUUCAUCAAGAACUGUCUGAAAAAACACGGUAAAUAAUCAUGUACUUCAUUACAUUUUAACUACAUUAUGAAUAUCUCACCACAAAUUCUUACUCAUCGCUGUUUACUUGAAUAAGCUGAAAAUUAUAUUCAGUUACCUUUGUGUGUCCAAACGUAAGCUCCUUUACAAUUAUUAAAAAUUUUCGUUAUUUGUCGAUUUAAUCAGGUGGCUCAGAAGAUCAACUAUGCAAAGAACCUUUACGAUGAGGUACAGCAAACUGUGAAAUUGGAACUCAAGGAACCGACUUCCCCAGUAUAACCAAUGGCUGACUAUGAAACGGUUUAUAGAAGAGAUGUUUGUUGACUACAGUGGCUCAAUGUAUUGAGGAGUUGACAGAGAUUCAGGUGCAAACAGCUGGGCUCGACCGGUUGAAGACCAAGUAGAAAGAAGGUAUUGGCUGAUUAGCUUAAGUCGAUCACGACACUCAAAUUUACCUGACCAAGAAAAACGUAGUUAUUCAUCACGCUCAGAAAAAAGUAUGGCCCCAGUGAUAACGCUUGGAAGAGUUUUUACUUGCUGAUGUUAUAUUUCUAAAUCCAAUAGUGAGUGUCAACCUUUUAACUUCCGGCGUUGAUAGGAAUGUAUUAUCAACGUAUUAUCACACGAACCAGGUAUGAGAAUAUACCAACUUAUCAACGAAAGAGGUGAUGUCGGCACUCUACCAACCAUUCGUAAUUAUUAUACAUGGAAAUUUAACGUAAAGAAGAGAGAGUUACGAAUCACUUCUUGGUAAAGAAAGGGUCUUAAAAAUUAUCUUCAAAAGAGAUUAAACCAUCAUUAAUUCAGAAGACUUUGAAGAUUUUUACUUCAAUGAAUUAAAACGUUUGUUCUUUAAUUAACAAAAUGAAUUAAGGAAUAGGAGGGGAUUACUCCUCAACUUUUAAAGCAGUCUCGCGAACUGUUUUGUUUGUUCUUUUAGGCAAUUUUCAAUUUAAUUUCGUUGUUCAUGAGGCAGGGCAACUGGUUUAUUUAUUCACGUAAUUUACCCCCACCCUCCCAACUCGCAAACGCACACAGCUUUGAAUAACGUAUUUACAAAUUGUGCAGUUUUGUUAGCAGAAAUAUUUUCAUGUUCCGAACAAGAACGAAAUCUUGUUUACCGAAUUUUAGGAUGUUUUUUUCAAAUGUUUUGGGUAAAGAAAUUCAUCAACUUCAGCUGAGUAUCCUCACGCGAUUAGAACACGAGAUAUUUUGCUUAUUCGACGCAAAUUUGUACCAAAGAGUUUAGAAUUAAAAUACCCAUAAUCCAUAUUUUUCUCAGGGAAUAUGCAUAUUUGAUUUAUCGUGGACUUACUCAAGAUAGAAGCUGCCUUCAAUAGGCCAUUUUACAGUUGUGUGCUUAGUUGCCA